AUGGGGAAAGAUGAAAGCCUCAUUCAGCAGGUACUCUUAGCUAGCUAGCUGUACCAGUUUUAGCUGGCUAGCUAGCAUUUUUUCACUGUGCUUGCUAGCUCAGUAACAUUAUAUUGAAGCCAGUCACUUAAUAAAAUCGGGAAAGAAUCUGUUACCAAAGUACAGUUGUUCCUCGAGUGCUGAAGAACUUUUCAAGCUGUAAUUUCUCCAAAAUACGAAAUAAACAACUGUUAAGCAGGCGUUUGUUUACUGCCAUACUAGCUCUGGGCCUGGUUUCCCGAUAGCGAUGGACGAGUGUUUUAAUCACAUUUAUUUAUAAAGCCCUUUUUUUACAUCAGCAGAUGUCACAAAGUGCUUAAACAGAAACCCAGCCUCAAACCCCAAAAAGCAACUAAUGCAGAUGUAGAACCAUGGUGGCUAUGAAAAACUCCCUAGAAAGGCAGGAGCUUAGGAAGAAACCUAGAGAGGAACCAGGCUCUGAGGGGUGGCCAGUCCUCCUCUGGCUGUGAUGGGUGGAGAUUAUAAGAGUACAUGGCCAUUAAGGCCAGAUAGUUCUUCAAGAUGUUCAAACGUUCAUAGAUGACCAACAGGGUCAAAUAAUAAUCACAGUGGUUGUAGAGGGUGCAACAGGUCAGUACCUCCAGGAGUAAAUGUCAUUUGGCUUUCCAUAGCCGAGCAUUCAGAGGUCGAGACAGCAGGUGUGUGAGAGAGAGAGAGAGAGAGAGAGAGAGAGAGAGAGAGAGAGAUAGAGAGAGAGAGAUAGAGAGAGACAUAUAGAUCAGAGAGCGAUGAGAUCGCGAGAGCUAUAGCUCUCUAUAGAUCCUCUACUCUCUCUCGCUCUCUCUCUCUCGCGCUCUCGCUAGCUAGCUCUAUACUUCUCGCGCUCUAUCCUAUACUCCUCUCUCUAUACUAACUCUAUCUCUCGAAUGACGAGAGAGAGAGUUGAAACAGCAGGUCCGGGACAAGGUAGCACAUCCGGUGAACAGGUCAGGGUUCCAUAGCCGCAGGCAGAACAGUUGAAGCUGGAGCAGCAGCAUGACCAGGUGGACUGUGGACAGCCAGGAGUCAUCAGGCCAAUUAGUCCUGAGGCAUGGUCCUAGAGCUCAGGUCCUUCGGGAGUGGAGGGAGAGAGGGAGAAUUAGUGGGAGCAUACUUAAAUUCACACAGGACACCAGAUACGACAGGAGAAUUACACCAGAUGUAACAGACUGACCCUAGGGAAAGGGUGGUGGGGUUGGAAAGUAAUAAAGGGGAAUAUAUGAACAAAACAAAAAAGAUAUGUAUGUAUGUGUGUAUAUGUGUAUAUGUAUGUAUGUAUGUACAGUGAGGGAAAAAAGUAUUUGAUCCCCUGCUGAUUUUGUACGUUUGCCCACUGACAAAGAAAUGAUCAAUCUAUAAUAUUAAUGGUAUGUUUAUUUGAACAGUGAGAGACAGAAUAACAACAACAAAAAUCCAGAAAAAUGCAUGUAAAAUUUUUUAUGAAUUAAUUUGCAUUUUAAAGAGGGAAAUAGGUAUUUGACCCCUCUGCAAAACAUUACUUAGUACUUGGUGGCAAAACCCUUGUUGGCAAUCACAGAGGUCAGACGUUUCUUGUAGUUGGCCACCAGGUUUGCACACAUUUUACAUUUACAUUUUAGUCAUUUAGCAGACGCUCUUAUCCAGAGCGACUUACAGGAGCAAUUAGGGUUAAGUGCCUUGCUCAAGGGCACAUUUACGUCAUUUAGCAGACGCUCUUAUCCAGAGCGACUCACAAAUUGGUGCAUUCACCCUAUAGCCAGUGGGAUAACCACUUUACACAACCACUUUACACAUCUCAGGAGGGAUUUUGUCCCACUCCUCUUUGCAGAUCUUCUCUGGCCCCGUCCAUCGUCCCUUUGAUGCGGUGAAGUUAUCCUGUCCCCUUAGCAGAAAAACACCCCCAAAGCAUAAUGUUUCCACCUCCAUGUUUGACGGUGGGGAUGGUGUUCUUGGGGUCAUAGGCAGCAUUCCUCCUCCUCCAAACACGGCGAGUUGAGUUGAUGCCAAAGAGCUCCAUUUUGGUCUCAUCUGACCACAACACUUUCACCCAGUUCUCCUCUGAAUCAUUCAGAUGUUCAUUGGCAAACUUCAGACGGGCCUGUAUAUGUGCUUUCUUGAGCAGGGGGACCUUGCGGGCGCUGCAGGAUUUCAGUCCUUCACGGCGUAGUGUGUUACCAAUUGUUUUCUUGGUGACUAUGGUCCCAGCUGCCUUGAGAUCAUUGACAAGAUCCUCCCGUGUAGUUCUGGUCUGUUUCCUCACCAUUCUCAUGAUCAUUGCAACUCCACGAUGUGAGAUCUUGCAUGGAGCCCCAGGCCGAGGGAGAUUGACAGUUAUUUUGUGAUUCUUCCAUUUGCGAAUACUCGCACCAACUGUUGUCACCUUUUCACCAAGCUGCUUGGCGAUGGUCUUGUAGCCCAUUCCAGCCUUGUGUAGGUCUACAAUCUUGUCCCUGACAUCCUUGGAGAGCUCUUUGGUCUUGGCCAUGGUGGAGAGUUUGGAAUCUGAUUGAUUGAUUGCUUCUGUGGACAGGUGUCUUUUAUACAGGUAACAAGCUGAGUUUAGGAGCACUCCCUUUAAGAGUGUGCACCUAAUCUUAGCUCGUUAUUUGUAUAAAAGACACCUGGGAGCCAGAAAUCUUUCUGAUUGAGAGGGGGUCAAAUACUUAUUUCCCUCAUUAAAAUGCAAAUCAAUUUAUAAAAUUUUUGACAUGCGUUUUUCUGGAUUUUUGUUGUUGUUAUUCUGUCUCUCACUGUUAAAAUAAACCUACCAUUAAAAUGAUAGACUGAUCAUGUCUUUGUCAGUGGGCAAAUGUACAAAAUCAGCAGGGGAUCAAAUACUUUUUUCCCUCACUGUAUAUAUAUAUAUAUAUAUAUAUAUAUAUAUACACAGUGUGGAGAACAAGUAUUUGAUACACUGCCGAUUUUGCAGGUUUUCCUACUUACAAAGCAUGUAGAGGUCUGUAAUUUUUAUCAUAGGUACACUUGAACUGUGAGAGACGGAAUCUAAAACAAAAAUUCAGAAAAUCACAUUAUAUGAUUUUUAAGUAAUUAAUUUGCAUUUUAUUGCAUGACAUAAGUAUUUGAUCACCUACCAACCAGUAAGAAUUCCGUCUCUCACAGACCUGUUAGUUUUUCUUUAAGAAGCCCUCCUGUUCUCCACUCAUUACCUGUAUUAACUGCUCCUGUUUGAACUCGUUAUCUGUAUAAAAGACACCUGUCCACACACUCAAUCAAAUAGACUCCAACCUCUCCACAAUGACCAAGACCAGAGAGCUGUGUAAGGACAUCAUGGAUAAAAUUGUAGAUAGCACAAGGCUGGGAUGGGCUACAGGACAAUAGGCAAGCAGCUUGGUGAGAAGGCAACAACUGUUGGCGCAAUUAUUAGAAAAUGGAAGAAGUUCAAGAUGACGGUCAAUCAACCUCGGUCUGGGGCUCCAUGCAAGAUCUCACCUCGUGGGGCAUCAAUGAUCAUGAGGAAGGUGAGGGAUCAGCCCAGAACUACACGGCAGGACCUGGUCAAUGACCUGAAGAGAGCUGGGACCACAGUCUCAAAGAAAACCAUUAGUAACACACUACGCCGUCAUGGAUUAAAAUCCUGCAGCGCACGCAAGGUCCCCCUGCUCAAGCCAGCGCAUGUCCAGGCCCGUCUGAAGUUUGCCAAUGACCAUCUGGAUGAUCCAGAGGAGGAAUGGGAGAAGGUCAUGUGGUCUGAUGAGACAAAAAUAGAGCUUUUUGGUCUAAACUCCACUCGCCGUGUUUGGAGGAAGAAGAAGGAUGAGUACAAUCCCAAGAACACCAUCCCAACCGUGAAGCAUGGAGGUGGAAACGUCAUUCUUUGGGGAUGCUUUUCUGCAAAGGGAACAGGACGACUGCACCGUAUUGAGGAGAGGAUGGAUGGGGCCAUGUAUCGAGAGAUCUUGGCCAACAACCUCCUUCCCUCAGUAAGAGCAUUGAAGAUGGGUCGUGGCUGGGUAUUCCAGCAUGACAACGACCCGAAACACACAGCCAGGGCCACUAAGGAGUGGCUCCGUAAGAAGCAUCUCAAGGUCCUGGAGUGGCCUAGCCAGUCUCCAGACCUGAACCCAAUAGAAAAUCUUUGGAGGGAGCUGAAAGUCCGUAUUGCCCAGCGACAGCCCCGAAACCUGAAGGAUCUGGAGAAGGUCUGUAUGGAGGAGUGGGCCAAAAUCCCUGCUGCAGUGUGUGCAAACCUGGUCAAGACCUACAGGAAACGUAUGAUCUCUGUAAUUGCAAACAAAGGUUUCUGUACCAAACAUUAAGUUCUGCUUUUCUGAUGUAUCAAAUACUUAUGUCAUGCAAUAAAAUGCAAAUUAAUUACUUAAAAAUCAUACAAUGUGAUUUUCUGGAUUUUUGUAUUAGAUUCCGUCUCUCACAGUUGAAGUGUACCUAUGAUAAAAAUUACAGACCUCUACAUGCUUUGUAAGUAGGAAAACCUGCAAAAUCGGCAGUGUAUCAAAUACUUUUUCUCCCCACUGUAUAUAUAUAUAUAUAUAUAUAUAUAUAUAUAUACACACAUACAUAUACACAUAUACAUACACACACAUACACAUACAUACACAUACAUAUAAAAAAACAUGGGGGAUUGGAAGUGAUGCAGACAAUUACAUUGAUGGAAGUUACAAUCUAUCUGCAAUAUUAAGCUGAUCUACCCCCUAAAAAAAACAAAAAAAAAACAGACUGACCCUAGCCCCCCGGCACAUAGACUAUUGCAGCAUAGAUACUGGAGGUUGAGACGGGGGGGGGGGGGGGGGGGGGGGGGUCGGGGAACACUGAUGCCCCGUCUGACGAUACCCCCUGACAGGGCCAACCAGGCAGGACAUAACCCCACCCACUUUGCCAAAGCACAGCCCCCACAUCGCUAGAGGGAUAUCAACAGACCACCAACUUACUACCCUGAGACAACGCUGAGUAUAGCCCACAAAGAUCUCCUCCACCGCACGAGCCCGAGGGGGCGCAAAACAGGAACUUGAAGGUCGAGACCGAGUCUGCGUCACUCACAUAGCCCUAUUUUUAAAAACAUUUCCAGGUCAAGGUUUGGCUUUUUCAGGAGAUGCUUUAUUACCCCACUUUUAGUGAGUUUGGUACACAUCCGGAGGAUAGGGAGCCAUUUAUUAUGUUCAACAUAGGAGGGCCAAUCACAAGAAGGAGCUCUUUCAGUAGGUUAGUUGGAAUAGGGUCCAGUAUGCAGCUGGAAGGUUUAGAGGCUAUGACUAUUUUCGUGAAUGUGUCGAGAGAUACAGGAUGAAAACCUUGAGUGUCUCCAUUGAUCCUAUGUCCUGGCAAUUCUGUGCAGACUCAGGAUAACUGAGCUUUGGAGAAAUACGCAGAUUCAAAGAGGAGUCCGUAAUUUGCUUUCUAAUGAUCAUUAUCUUUUUGUCGAAGAAGUUCAUGAAUUCAUCACUGCUGAAGUGAAAGCCAUCCUCUCUUGGGGAAUGCUGCUUUUUAGUUAGUUUUGCGACGGUAUAAAUUGGGGGGGGGGGGGCUCGGGUAUUUUCUGUAUACCAGGGAGCUAAUUUCUUGUGAGAAAUGUCUUUUGUUUUUAGGGGUGCGACUGCAUCUAGGGUAUUACGAAAGGUUAAAUUUAGGUCCCCAAUUAGGUGGUUAACCGAUUUUUAUACUCUGACGUCCUUGAGUAGGUGGAGGGAGUCUGGAAGGGCAUCUAGGGAUCUUUGGGUUGUCCUUUUGAUAAUCCUUGGUUGGGGUCUGAGCCAAACAUAAUAAAAUGGUGGUCUGAUAGUCCAGGAUUAGAGCCACAAUAUUUAUUCCACGGGACAAUACUAGAUAAAUAAUAAUAAUAUGCCAUUUAGCAGACGCUUUUAUUCAAAGCGACUUACAGUCAUGCGUGCAUACAUUUUUUUUUUGGGGUAUGGGUGGUCCCGGGGAUCGAACCCACUACAGUUGGACAAAAACCAACUGAGUCGAUGAUGGCUCCGAAAGCCUUUUGGAGUGGGUCUGUGGACUUUUCCAUGUGGAUAUUAAAGUAACCAAAAAUUUGAAUAUUGUCUGCCAUGACUACAAGGUCCGAUAGGAAUUCAGAAAACUCAGUGACGAACGCUGUAUACGGCCCAGGAGGCCUGUAAACAGUAGCUAUAAAAAGUGAUUGAGUAGGCUGCAUAGAUUAUCAACACCAUUAUCCCAGAAACCCUAGACCCACUCCAAUUUGCAUACCGCCCCAACAGAUCCACAGAUGAUGCAAUCUCUAUUGCACUCCACACUGCCCUUUCCCACCUGGACAAUAGGAACACCUACGUGAGAAUGCUAUUCAUUGACUACAGCUCAGCAUUCUACAUCAUAGUGCCCUCAAUGCUCAUCACUAAGCUAAGGAUCCUGGGACUAAACACCUCCCUCUGCAACUGGAUCCUGGACUUCCUGACCGGCCGCCCCCAGGUAGUAAGGGUAGGUAACAACACAUCUGCCACGCUGAUCCUCAACACGGGGGCCCCUCAGGGGUGCGUGCUCAGUCCCCUCCUGUACUCCCUGUUCACACAUGACUGCAUGGCCAGGCAUGACUCCAACACCAUCAUUAAGUUUGCCGACGACACAACAGUGGUAGGCCUGAUCACAGACAACGAUGAGACAGCCUAUAGGGAGGAGGUCAGAGACCUGGCCGUGUGUUGCCAGAAAAAUAACCUCUCCCUCAACGUGACCAAGAGAAAGGAGAUGAUUAUGGACUAUAGGGGAAAAAAAGAGGAAUGAGCACGCCCCCAUUCUCAUCGACUGGGCUGUAGUGGAACAGGUUGAGAGCUUCAAGUUCCUUGGUGUCCACAUCACCAACGAACUAUCAUGGUCCAAACACACCAAGACAGUCGUGAAGAGGGCACGACAAAGCCUAUUCCCCCUCAGGAGACUGAAAAGAUUUGGCAUGGGUCCUCAGAUCCUCAAAAUGUUCUACAGCUGCACCAUUGAGAGCAUCCUGACUGGUUGCAUCACCGCUUGGUAUGGCAACUGCUCGGCCUCCGACCGCAAGGCAGUACAGAGGGUAGUGCGUACGGCCCAGUACAUCACUGGGGCCAAGCUUCCUGCCAUCCAGGACCUCUAUACCAGGCGGUGUCAGAGGAAGGCCUUCAAAAUUGUCAAAGACUCCUGCCACCCUAGUCAUAGACUGUUCUCUCUGCUACCGCACGGCAAGCGGUACCGGAGCGCCAAGUCUAGGUCCAAAAGGCUUCACAACAGCUUCUACCCCCAAGCCAUAAGACUACUGAACAGCUAAUCAUGGCUACCCGGACUAUUUGCACCCCCACCCCAUCUUUUUACGCUGCUGCUACUCUGUUAAUUAUUUAUGCAUAGUCACUUUAACUCUACCCACAUGUACAUGUUACCUCAACUACCUCAACUAGCCGGUGCCCCCGCACAUUGACUCUGCACCGGUAUCCCCCUGUAUAUAGCGUCCUUACUGUUAUUUUAUUUCACUUCUGCUCUUUUCUUCUCAACACUUUUUUUUUUUUUUUUUUUUUUUUAAACUUUUUUAUUAAGGAAUAAAUGCAUUGUUAGUUAAGGGCUGUAAGUAAGCAUUUCACGGUAAUGUCUACACCUGUUGUAUUCAGCGCAUGUGGCAAAUACAAUUUGAUUUGAUUUGAUUUCAUGACUAGAACCUCAAAAGACUAAAACACAGUAAUUUUUGAAUGUUGGGGAAAUUGAAAUUUGCUGUCGCAAAUGUUAGCAACACCUCCACCUUUGUGGGAUAUGGUCACCCUUCAAGACUUUUGGAAAAGCAUUCCAGGUGAAGCUGUUUGAGAGAAUGCCAAGAGUGUGCAAAGCUGUCAUCAAGACAAAGGGUGGCUUUUUAAGGAAUCUCAGAUAUAAAAUAUAAUUAGAUUUGUUGAACACUUUUUUGGUUACUACAUGAUUCCAUAUGUGUUAUUUCAUAAUUUUGAUGUCUUCACUAUUAUUCUAUAGUAAUAGUAAAAAUAAAUAAAAAUCCUUCGAUGAGUAGGUGUUCUAGUGAACUACUUUGUUAAAGGCAAUGUCAGAAGUUCCUUCUGGAACUGAAGCUCUAGUGUGCUGUGGGCAUCUAUUGCAAAUUUCAAGGUUCCAGGGUUAUUGGGAUUCCAGAGAAAUUACUCUGAGAUUGGUCAGUAAUGGAUAUGGAUGUAGAACAAUUGAGCUCUUGUGUGGUUCCUAACAGGCCUGGUCUGGCUACUGUUCCCCCUGCACAGUGAGAGGAUAGCAUUCUCUCGCAGGGUUUUACUGGCAUUGCAUUUGAAGUAUAGCACAGUCUAUUGAGGGCAAUUCAAGUGAUGACCUGAAGUGAUGACAUGACCAAGUGCUAUGGCAUCAGUAUGUUUCAACCUUAUGUUCCUCAGUGUCCUCAUGGGGAUUCAAAGUUUGUGUGGGAUGGAGCAGUGUACUCAUCUUCACCCCACCUCUCCAGCCUUUCACAGGCCUCAUCACUCCUCCAGGUAGCCACAGCAACAGGACUGAGACUCCAUGCAACAUCUCAGUGUGUCUGAGCACUGUACAGAGGAAAAGUGUACCAGGCUAAAUCCUAAGAUCCCUGUUGAGUAUUAAUAGCCCUGUUAAGCUAUUUAAAAGGACUGGUUUCCAUGGAGCUUUAGCCCAGCGUUUUAAACCUCACUUCUUCCUCUCUGAUGUGGGAUUGGUACAUUGCAACAGUAAUUGCUUUGGUGUCAUGUCUGACACUUAGUGUGUUUCGCUAGGAAAUAUUACCCACUGCUAGGACGACUCAUUCCUGUCAGUGAUAGACUGUCUCUGAUUGUAUUCAUACACUUCUCAGAGAGCUGUGGAUGAAAGGAGAAGGCAAUGGUAUUUGAAGAAUGUUGCCUGUUGACCCUUUUAUAAUCUGAUAAUCACAGUCAGGCAGAGCAUGCUGUAGUUAAUGUGACUGUGACAAUUAUGUACUAAGUCUUACAUAUAUAUUAGUACAUUAUUAUAUUAUUUAGUACAGUGGGCCUGCUGUGUAAAAUACCAUUUAUUUGAUCUAAACCAGCAUUGUUUUAAGCAUUUCAAUGGCCUGUUUUAUGUUGAUUCCUGUCUCAGUUCCUCAGUGUUUGCCUUGUGGGUUGUGUACUACUGUACUCUGCCAUUUCCUGUACAGUUUGCCAACUGUUGUUAAAAAAAGAAAAACCACAACCCUUCCUUCCUACUGUGUAACAUUUGCAUACACCCCUCCCCAUUCUGUCCUCCUAUCCUAAUUCCCCUAACCUGGUCUUCUUCACUCCCUAAACCCACUUCCUCUCCCUCUCUCAUUUACCUACCCCUCUCUCCUACUGUCCCUGGCUCUCUCCUCUCACCCUCCUCCUGUGCUUAUCCAUCCCACUCUUCCCUCUCCCCCACCAUGCAUCCCAUGACAGCUAAUCCUUGGACGCUGUGGCGUUCGUCGGACGAGUUUUGUGGUGGCGCUUGGUACUCACUGGAACGGCUAUUUUUACACGUCACAGAUAAUCAGGUCCCCCAUUGUGCCUCGCAGGUAGCCAGCCUCGGAACUGGAGGAGGAACUAGGGUUUUCUGUCAGGACUCCCCGUCAUCCUGUUGUAUUGAUUUAGAGAUAGUCAUGCCCUUGUUAUAGUGACAACUGAUUACUCCUCCAUGCCCUUUUGGUAACUAUUCCCACCGCUUUAUUCAUCAUGCACUCGAUGUUAUGGAUUUGAUGAUAAAUCAGCACCUCUUUUCUCUGACUCCUUCUCUGUUCCUCUUUCCAGACUGCCUUUUCAAACUGUGCCCCAUGAACAGGUACUCUGCACAGAAACAGUUCUGGAAGGCAGCAAAACCAGGGGGAAACAGCACCACUGACACAGUACUCCUGAACAAACUCCACGUGAGUACCCUCAUCGCACUGGUUUCUAUUCCUUGUUCUCUAACACAACUGCUUCCCAUUCUGCCUACUGGUUCUAAUCUGCAUGCGUUGCCAUGUUGUUGAGGUCGAGAAAAUCAUUACAAGUGAGACACUCACUUUUAUUACACGCCAUAAACCCAGAUCGGUAUUUCAUAAAGAACUGCAUCUUAUUCUGAAUGUGUUUUUGGAGCACUAAAUCUAAAGACAUGGACAGACCGGUAGGAUUGUCGAGCGUCUCCCGGCCGAGAGUACUUCGCACCUCUGAACAGAGUGCUGGCCGUGAUUUGCAAACCAAGUGCAAACCGAUUCUACAUGUAGAAACAAGCGAAAAUGACGGCCGAUAGUCACCAACGGUGGGUGGUCCCAUUAAACACACCGCGUAGACAGCAAGCGAAUGAACAGCGAAUAACCGGCCCCGUACUGUGCAGACCGACAAUUGGUCUGGUGAGUUUUCUCUUUCAUUUGUGGCUAUUGUAUUGUCUGACAUAAUAUUUUAUCCCUAUGUUUCAGCAUGCUGCUGAUCUGGAGAAGAAACAGAAUGAAUCUGAGAACCGAAAACUGCUAGGAACUGUAAUCCAAUACGGAAAUGUCAUUCAGGUAUGACCAGGAAGAGUAGGGGUGAUGUGGAGAUUGAGUUUGGUAAAGCCAUAACAUGACAGUGUCAUUAAGGUUAGUGAAGAGCCUGGAGCAGAGGCAAUACAGCUCCUCCAUAAAUGCAGCCAAUUAUCAUCCAGGCAUUAUCAUUCUCUGCAUAUUUGACCAAAAGUCUACUACACAGAAGUUAGAUGAUCAGGUCACAGGGAAACAGGUCUAAUGGACCACUAGAAGUAGAUGUGCUCUAUAGUAGGGGAGAGUGGGGUAAGUUGUGCCAAAGGGGUAAGAUGAGCCACCCUUGUUUCUAGGAAACCAUACAAAAAAUUAAUAAUUUGACCAAAUAUUUAGGAAGAGGUCAUCAUUUCAUGGAGUCUGUAAAGGAGCCAUUAUUGUGAAGGAGACAUUAUUGCAUGGAACUCCGUUCCAUCACCUAUUGCUCAAAUAAACAACAAACCUGGUUUCAAAAAACAGUUAAAGCAACACCUCACGGCACAACACCUCUCCCCUAUUUGACCUAGAUAGUUUGUGUGUAUGUAUUGAUACGUAGGCUACGUGUGCCUUUAAAAAAAAUGUAUGUAGUUCUGUCCUUGAGCUGUUCUUGUCUAUUAAUGUUCUGUAUUAUGUCAUGUUUCAUGUUUUGUGUGGACCCCAGGAAGAGUAGCUGCUGCUUUUGCAACAGCGAAUGGGGAUCCUAAUAAAAUACCAAAUACCAAACCACAUGGAAAAAGUGGAAAGCAAGUCAAAUGAAUUUAUUGUGUUAGAGGUUUAAUGAUGCUUGUAUCUAAACCAAGGUAGAUAUAUAUAUAUAUAUAUAUUUGUGUAUUCUAAUCAUCAGUUGGGGUCUCUAUAAGCUUCAAUAUGAGUUCCUAAACCUAGCAUGAAAGUGUAUCCUUGUAGCUGUGGGGGCUAAUAUAGUCAAAAUGUUUGCCUUGGGGUAAGUUGAGCCGAUGGAAGUUCAGCAUAUUGAAGUGUUUUCUUCCCAGGUGUAAUGCAAGGCAUUAUCCUGGGAUAUGAGGUAACAACAGGGCCUGGAAUAUGUUAAAAGUGUUUAAAAAAGUACAAAGUGUUUGUUAGGUAUUAAGCCUGUGUUAAAAGAUGCUUAAAAUUAUUAAAAUACAAAAAAGUGAUUGUGUUGAAUUGUCUUUGGGAAAUAAAGAUAGACAUGGUUUAAGAAGGUAGUAGUAAUAUUUAAUUCAGUACAGAAAUGUUUAGGCGGCUUAACUUACCAUGUCGCGCAGCUCAACCUACCACAUACCCGGGGUAAGUUGUGCCAAGAUACCACUUUUCUUGGACAAAAAAAUUUGGGGGGGGGGGGGGGGGGGGGUGCACAACAUCCUGAAAUAUAUGUAGAUAUCUUUGUUAGAAAGAAUACAAUUUUUUCUUUGACGGAGUGAUGCUGAAUGUAAUAAUGGCUCAACUUACCCCACUCUUCCCUAUGUCAGUUGGUGUCAAGUGACAGACCCAUGGUAUUAGUGAUAUCUAUAAUCUAAAAAGGCAAAACACCUGCAUAUAUUUUAGGACAGCUAUCUCCUGAACAAUGGUGCUCAUGCUUUCAGAACUGUAUUUGAGGAAGUUGUACAGUAGGCCUAUGGGGUUUAUGAGUUUUAGGGGGGUGAUGUCAGGAAAGGUAUUGAGGGCAGUAGGGUACAGCUGUGCACCUCUGCCAGUGUUUGAUAUUUAACACGGUCUUACUACACUAGUAAGUGGUUAGCUACAGCACUUGAGAGCAUGCAUUGUAAAUGCAUAGAUCUGUAAUUGUCUGAGACAUUUUGAACUACUAGUUUUUUCAGUCCCUGCUUUCUCCCUCAAAACAAACAAUCACAAUCAGAAAGGUUGGUUAAGGUCUAGUCUCACAGUACCAGUCGUCAUUGAAUACUUGUUUGAGGCGGCGAGGCUGGUUGAGGUCAAUAGAGUAAACAUGCCUGAUUUAUUUAUUCAAUGAAAUUAUGGAGCAAAGAAGGCCAUGAGACAUAUAUCUGAACAAGUGCCUUGGAGUAUUAUUUAUAUAUAUAUAUAUAUAUAUAAUACUCCAAGGCACUUGUUCAGAUAUAUGUAUAUAUAUUUAAAAUAAUUAUCCAGGGGGAGAAAAUGGGCCAGAAAGUGUGAUAUUUUCACAUGGCACAUUCCUUUGGGGAUAUCUAGGAAUGGCCACUGUGCCAAUAUUUGACAUCUAACUAAAUCUCUCCCUGUAGAUAUACUCCAUAAUAGACUCAGACUGUGACAUGCUUCUGUAAAUUAUUAUGUUUACAUGCACGUAUGAGUUUGUAACUGUGUCUGUUGUUUGCCACUGUUCCAGCUGUUGCAUUUGAAAAGCAAUAAGUACCUGACGGUGAAUAAGCGACUCCCUGCCCUGUUGGAGAAGAAUGCUAUGAGGGUGACGCUGGACUCUGCAGGCAACGAGGGCUCCUGGUUUUACAUUCAGCCCUUCUACAAACUGCGCUCCCUGGGAGACAGUGUGAGUGUCUAGCCCAGGGUUGGCUGUAGUGUGGGUCAAAGGUCAGAUAGGAAGUCUUGUCAUGUCUCUAUAGAACAACGGUAAAGCCCAGACAACAGCCUUUCCUCUCAAGAGCAAGACGUGAUGCUCAUUGAUUGUUGUGAUUCUUAGCUAUCGGUAAUGUUCUCUCCAGGUUUCAAUUUCUUAAUUGGUGGAUAUUUCUAGCAUUUUAGCAUUUAACCGUUCAGGCUAGCUGGUCAAAGUUGUAUUGUCAGUAGGCAUCUAGAUAAAGAGUGAUCAAGCCUACCAGGUAAAGAUCUCACUGAAAAUUCACCUGAUGAGUCUGGCACACAAGAUUCUUAAAGCUCCUGGCAUCAGUGGCCACAGCAAAAAUCAUUACCACCAGGAUCUCUCGGACAGCACUCCUCUGUUAACGCUUGAUGCCGCUUAAGCAUCAAGCGUUGGUGUAAAGAAUUGACAAGUUGUACGAUUACACUAAUAUAUCAUUACCUAUUUUGACAUUGUGAUGGCCUUAGGGUGUGUACUAGUUCAAUUGCAAGUAGGCUACAGUAGGUAAGUUCAUCAUCAUUAGCUUUAGCCAUUAGGGUAUUUCUGGUUGAAUGAUUCCUGUGCUGAUGAGAUGGUCCAGUGUGCCACCUAGUGGUUGGUAGACAACAUGGUCUGAUGUGAACAAGUCGACCAAUGUGUUAUCAUAUUUGCCUGGUGUUACAUAGCACCAGGCACUAGUUAAAACAACAUUAAGAGGAUAGUGGUUGUUGACAAGAAUUAACUAUGCAGUGGCAGUGCUCAUAUUAAUAUAAUAGUUUAAUAUAAUAGUUUGAUUAAAACGUUUACAUGCUUUGCAAGAAGACCGAUUCCCCUAAUAAUCCUGUUUACAUGGACACAUCUGAAAUCAGGCUACCUGAUGGAACUCUGAAAAUGCCAAUCACCAUUCAAUAUAAACGUUCUACCACUGUGAACAUGUUAUUUUUGGGAAGCAUAUUUGAUUCUAAGUUCGAACAUAUAAAGUUUGUAUGUGAAAACUACUUCUAAGAUGCAUACAUUCAGUUAUUCCGAACUCACUUCACUCGUGCAAAAGAGGGAGGCUCGCUCGGCUGGUGCUAGCACAUGCGCAGCUCAAAUACACCGCUGGAACGCCGAUUAAGGUGUUUACAUGUCCUAAUAAUUUCGGAAGAAUGCUCAGAAAACCAGGUGUUUUAAUCAGCGUAUGCUUACUUAGAUUUUGACUUCACGCCAAUUAAGAUAAGCAGAGUAAGGUGUUUAGAUGACUAUUGCAUAAUCAGCCUACUGCCAUAAUCAGUUUAAUAUUGAAUUAUUAGUGUGCAUGUAGAAAUAUAAUAAUAAUAAUAAAAUGCCAUUUAGCAGACGCUUUUAUCCAAAGCGACUUACAGUCAUGCGUGCAUACAUUUUUGUGUAUGGGUGGUCCAUACUCAAUGACACACAAUCAGACUGUCUUUCUGUUUGUUGUGCCUCUGUGUCCAUGUCUCUGUGUGUUUCUGUGUGUUCAUGUGUGUUUGUGUGUGAGCAUGUGUGGCGGUGAGAUUCUGUGUAGUUGAUUAUACUCUGUGUGUAUAAUAAUGCUAUUGAUUGCUCCCCGGUCUGUCUAGGUGGUGAUUGGAGACAAGGUGGUCCUUAACCCUGUGAACGCUGGACAGCCCCUUCAUGCCAGCAGCCAUCAACUGGUGGACAACCCAGGAUGCAAUGAGGUAGAGUACAUGUUUCAUCUUGUGGAACAGAAUCCAUAUUGGGAAAGUCUCUAUUGUUUAAUUAAUCAAGGUGUCCCUGCACAUUUCACUUCCUCGAGUAGUGCAGGUUUUAACCAUGCUGAGAACUGUGCUUUGUAAUUGUUCAUUCUGUCCUCUCUAAGAUGAGGAAACACAUUCAUUAGUUCCUGUCUUAUUCUUGUUGCAUACUGUAUUUACUAAUCAUCCUUGCUAUAUGUGAAGAUUGGAGUGUAAAACGGCCAUAUUGUCUCAAAUUAAUGAAGUGAUGGUUAUUUAUGCUAGUCCCUACUCCACUCUUAAAGCUCAACAGCCGUAAAGACAAAUGACUGCGAUAAAGGGCAGUGUAAAAACAUUAGGAACACCAUCCUAUUAUUGAGUUGCACUCCCUUCUGCCCUCAGAACAGCCUGAAUCCGUCAGGGCGUGGACUCUACAAGGUGUCAAAAGCGUUCCACAGGGAUGCUGGCCCAUGUUGACUCCAAUGCUUCCCACAGUUGUGUUUAGUUGGCUGGAUUUCCUUUGGUUGGUGGACCAGUCUUGAGACACACGGGAAACUAUUGAGCUUGAAAAACCCAGCAGCAUUGCAGUUCUUAAAAUGCUCAAACCGGUGCUCCUGGCACCUACUACCAUACCCCGUUCAAAGGCACUUACAUUUGUUGUCUAGCCCAUUCACCAUCUGAAUGGCACACAAACACAAUCCAUGUCUCAAUUGUCUCAAGGCUUAAAAAUCCUUCUUUAACCUGUCUCCUCCCCUUCAUCUAUACUGAUUGAAGUAGAUUUAACAAGUGACAUCAAUAAGGGAUUAUAGCUUUCACCUGGUUUCACCUGGUUAAUCUGUCAUGGAAAGAGCAGGUGUCCCUAAUGUUUUGUACAUUCAGUGCAUAAUUACUGUGCUCCUCCAUACUUUUGUAUAUGUAGUGUAUAUGAUAUAGCCUGUCAAGAUUAUAUGUUGCAUGAAUUCACAAUGGAAAUACAAUGAAAUUGAAGAAUUACUGAAUUAUUACUCUCACAAUUUCACACAUUUUCAACAUAUAAUUUCCCCAUUCUCUAGGCUACGCUUGACAAGCAGUUCCCUCAUUCCACCACUUGGCACUGUGCGUACACAUGGUCAUGGCUGUGCGUAAAUUUACACACACUCUCAAGCAAAAGUUCCUAUUUUUAAAUCUCCCCGUUCAAAGACACUUAAAUAUGUUGUCUUGCCCAUUCACCAUCUGAAUAACAUAUAUACACAAUCCAUGUCUCAAUUGUCUCAAGACUUAAAAAUCCUUCUUUAACCUGUCUCCUCCCCUUCAUAUACACGGAUUGAAGUAGAUUUAACAAGUGACAUCAAUAAGGGAUCAUAUCUUUCACCUGGCUUCACCUGGUUAAUCUGUCAUGGAAAGAGCAGGUGUUCCUAAUGUUUUGUACAUUCAGUGCAUAAUUACUGUGCUCCUCCAUCCCUGCAAGCCUGUACAAACCCACAUGCACAAAAACUUUUUGAUGUCACUUUAAGACAAACUUGAUGAUGUGAAUAAACGUCUUUAUGUCAACCGUAUAACCGAGAAUUAAACCAAGUCUUUCCUGACACAACUCACACAUGCUUAUCCUUUUGUUUUUCAGGUGAACUCUGUAAACUGCAACACAAGUUGGAAAGUAGUUUUGUUCAUGAAAUGGAGUGACAACAAGGAAACCAUUCUUAAAGGGGUAGGUACUCUGAUUAGUUGAUUGAAAUGUAUUGGACAUAAUAACACAUUAAACAGGGUAGAUGGCUCUCCUGCCCUCAUUUUACGGACUGGUGUCUGUGUUUGUGUUGCCAGGGUGACGUUGUUCGGCUGUUCCAUGCAGAGCAGGAGAAGUUCCUGACAUGUGACGACUUCAAGAAGAAGGAGUACGUCUUUCUCAGGACUACAGGACGCCAGUCCGCCACCUCCGCCACAAGCAGCAAGGCCUUGUGGGAAGUGGAGGUGAGCAUAGGACAAUGAGAUAUUAGAUACAUGGUGUAAUUCAUGGUACACAAUCACAUAUGACACUGAUAUUUAAGGACAUGGUUACGCGAUAACUUUGCAUUGCCAUGACAUUCUGUAGGUUGUUCCAAAGCUAAUUACCCUGAAUAACUCCUGGGGCCUAAUUUAUCAAUUUUGCGGAGAAACUAUUCUAAAAUACUACUUACAAACAUAAUUUAGAAUGUUCAUACGCAAAGAAAGUGUGAUUUAUCAAACAAUCCUACGAGCAUCAUACGCACAUCGGUAGGAGAUCACCAUUGAUAAAUACCAAUAUUGUUCUCAGCCUCAGUGCUCGUGCACAACCUUGGCUAUUUUCAUUACGAAACGCCCCUAAUUAACCAUAUAUGGUCAAAAUCAUCCCUUUAAAGCCUAUGGGAAAUAUACAACACCCUGCCAUGAUAUACAAUGGUGCAACCAAAAAAAAGCUACGAAAAAUUAUACUUUUUCGAUACUGAAAUAGAGGUGUUAGUGUCAGAGGUUGAGUACAACCAAAAGGUUUUAUUAGGCUCGCUCAGUUGUGGCUUGAUCAGUAAAAAUACAAACAUACAGUAGCGACAAAGAGAGGACCAUUAGGAUAAUUGAAGUUGCUUUAGCAAUGGCAAAUAUACUUCAAAUGAGUAGGCAACACUCACCGAUAAGCCAUCUAUCCUCAACAGCUCCCUCCUGUAGGUGUAUAGGCCAACAUUGCUGUUCUGAAGAAUGAGCGAGUUGUGCGUUCCACCUGGCCACCACAUUCAGCAGUGUCUUUCGCGCAUCACAUAACCUAUCACCUGCACAUUAAGAGAGUGGAAGCCUUUUCCAUAGUUGAACUCAUUUUGGGAUGGGGCUUUUAUUGCUCUGUUGGUAUUUGGGAGCCCAUUGAUUGCAAUGAAACCCCUCUUGACUUUAAACUGUUGUGCGAUGGUGUAUGCAUUCAAAACAUUGGUUCAUCGUGAGCUGUGAGAUGCUGAUCGGCAAGCUCCCUGCUGAAAAGUGCCUGUUCCCAAAAACCUGAGGGUCCUUGCAAAAAUCCAAUAAGAUCUGUUGUGGGAAACGAUAUCUGAUGAGCCAAUCUGUACUUUCUGCAAAAAGAUCCCACCUGUCACUAAAAACGUGCUCUCUGCGAAAUUAAUGUGCCGGUAAUUAAACAAACUACUGUACUUUAUAUGGAUUAUUAUCUUAACAAAAUGCACUGAUGUGGUCAAAUUACACUACAUGACCAAGAGUAUGUGGACACCUGCUCGUCGAACAUUCCAAAAUCAUGGGCAUUAAUAUGGAGUUGGUCCACCCUUUGCUGCUAUAACAGCCUCAACUCUUCUGGGAAGGCUUUCUACUAGAUGUUGGAACAUUGCUGCGGGGACAUGCUUCCAUUCAGCCACAAGAGCAUUAGUGAGGUCGGGCACUGAUGUUGGAUGAUUAGGCCUGGCUCGCAGUUGGAGUUCCAAUUCAUCCCAAAGGUGUUCGAUGGGGUUGAGGUCAGGGCUCUGUGCAGGCCAGUCAAGUUCUUCCACACCGAUCUCGAUAAACCAUUUGUGUAUGGACCUCGCUUUGUGCAAAGGGGCACUGUCAUGCUGAAACAGGAAAGGGCCUUCCCCAAACUGUUGCCACAAAGUUGGAAGCACAGAAUCAUCUAAAAUGUAAUUGUAUGCUGUAGCGUUAAGAUUUCCCUUCACUGGAACUAAACGACCUAGCCCGAACCAUGAAAAACAGCCCCAGACCAAUAUUUCUCCUCCACCAAACUUUACAGUUGGCACUAUGCAUUCGGGCAGGUAGCGUUUUUCUGGCAUCCGCCAAACCCAGAUUCAUCCGUUGGACUGCCAGAUGGUGAAGCAGAACGCGUUUCCGCUGCUCCAGAGUCCAAUUGCGGCGAGCUUUACACAACUCCAGCCGACGCUUGGUGUUAGGCUUGUGUGCAGCUGCUCGGCCAUGGAAACCCUUUUCAUGAAGCUCCCGACAAACAGUUAUUGUGCUGACAUUGCUUCCAGAGGCAGUUUGGAACUCGAUAGUGAGUGUUGCAACCGAGGACAGAUGAUUUUUACGUGCUUCAGCACCCGGCGGUCCCGUUCUGUGAGCUUGUGUGGCCUACCACUUUGCGGCUGAGCCGUUGUUGCUCCUAGACUUUUCCAUUUCACAGUAACAUAACUUACAGUUGUCCGGGGCAGCUCUAGCAGUGCAGAAAUUUGACUGUGCCACGUUGAAAGUCACUGAGCUCUUCAAUAAGGCCAUUCUUCUGCCAAUGUUUGUCUAUGGAGAUUGCAUGGCUGUGAGCUCGAUGUUAUACACCUGUCAGCAACGGUUGUGGCUAAAAUAGCCGAAUCCACUAAAUUGAAGGGGUGUCCACAUACUUUUGUAUAUGUCGUGUAUAUGAUAUAGCCUGUCAAGAUACUAUGUUGCAUGAAUUCACAAUGGAAAUACAAUGAAAUCGAAGAAUGAUUGAAUUAUUACUCUCACAAUUUCACACAUUUUCAACAUAUAAUUUCCCCAUUCUCUAGGUUACGCUUGACAAGCAGUUCCCUCAUUCCACCACUUGGCACUGUGCGUACACAUGGUCAUGGCUGUGCGUAAAUUUACACACACUCUCAAGCAAAAGUUCCUAUUUUUUAAUCUCACACUUUGUGUGGAAAUGAUCCCACGCAUGGUUUACGCACAUGUUUGUGCCUACGCAUGAUUGAUAAAUGAGGCCCCUGGGAUGGAGAGAACCAGGUGAAACCAUGUGGGUCGUCCUGCAUCUUAUAAGAUGUUUUUACUUGUAUGUUAUCAGUCCAGACGUUGUCCAGACAGCUGUUUCUCAUGCUGUCAGGUUUUUCAUUCUUCUAUCAGGUGGUCCACCAUGACCCUUGUCGGGGCGGGGCUGGCUACUGGAACAGCCUGUUCAGGUUCAAACACCUUGCCACAGGAUCAUACCUGGCUGCUGAGGUGAGUCCUCUCACACCGACUGGAAUCAUAUUACAUGGUAGUCUACCAACCAAGCACUUGCAUGGCUCAAUUGAUUCAUACCUGGGAGCAGUGGCGAUUUUUGCAUGUAAAUCUUGGUGGGGCAAACAAACAAAAAAAAGUUGGAUGCAUUCCAGCAAAGCCACAACACAACACUAAACAAUACAUUAAUUGUUCUUUAACAGUGACAAAUUGUGCCCACAAACUGUUAGGGCCUACAUAAAGCUGUCCCAACAGCAGAGUCCAAACAGCAGUCCCAACAUCUUACCACUGCUACACCUGGCGAUCAGUGGAGCCUUGUCUGGCAGCGAAACAGUUCAUUCAGCCUCAUUUACUGCCUUUUAAAAAAACAUAGCUGAUAUGGCUGACUUGCUUAAACAAAUGUGGUUUCUAAUGACAAUUGAUAUGUACAAGCUAUGGCAUAAGGGGACGACAAGCGGAAAAGAGGCAAUCCGUAAUUUUGAUUAAGACAUUAAUGAGCGAGCUAGGACGGACAGGCAAUAUAACUAUUUGUUUAGCACUUUUGAAAUAUACAGCGACAGAAUUCAGAACAUGGUCCGUUUUUACAGGUGUUCUCCCUGUACACCAAGUCAGAACCGUAGGAUAAAUAAAGGGGGCAUAUAAGCAGGCUGCAUGUGCACCACCAAGUCAGAACAGUGGCUGAAAUUGAGAGGGGAAAAUAGAUCAAAUUAUUAGGGUGAGGCACAUGGGCUACUAACAGUUUACUACACAACAUACACUUAGUAUUACUUUCUUAGCUACAGUAUACAUAUCUCCCUGGCAUAUUACAUCAUUUAUGCAGCAGCAUACAAUACCUUUUUGGACUCACCUUGUGCUGUGCUCACUUGAACAGGAAGGUGGCGCGAUGGUCCUUCGUGGGGAAAUUUUGUCAUCAAAGUCUGGCAUUCUCUGUAUUUAUGGUGCUUUCAAGAUAACUGGGAACUCUGAAAAAAACAAAGUCGAAUCAUGAUGACGUCAGUGAUCUUCAGGUCGUAGCUCUAGUAAGAGGCCCGAGUUCCGGAUUUACAAUUCCGAGUUGGAUGAUCGUUCAAAACAUAUUUUCCCAGUCGGACCUAAUUUUUUCCAGAGUUCCCAGUUGUCUUGAACUCACUAAAGUCAAGUUUUCGCAGUUCCGAGUUAUGUUCUUUUGAGCGCGGCACAAAUCAUGCUUAAUUGACAGCAUGGUCAAUGUUGAAUGUUUAUCAUUUUAAAUUUGGAAAGGAGACCCAUAUUCCCAGACUUGAGACCACACAGCCACUCCACUGAAUAGCAGGCUAGUGAUUGUUUUGCAAUGCUUGCAGUUAGCCACUGAUUCCUUCCAAAUCACUCAUUGUUGAAUUUGCGAUUUCCGACUUGUUGUGUAAUGUUUAUGGCAAAUGGCCGAUGAGCACCGAUACGUUUUAUCUAUAAUUUCUCUUCAUUAUAUAUUUUCAUAUGACAAGGAUUAAAAAGGAUUUGCCAGUAGAUUGUCGACUUGAUUCAUGAUGAUGACUGCUAGCUAAGAUUUUGAAAGUAUGAUGUUGACAUGAUCAGUCCAAUCAAAGCUACUGUAGAUAUAACGUGAUUUGAGGUCAUUUUAUCCGUGGCCAAUGACCUUGAGCCUUCUUGGAUGGGCACUUCUAAUGUAACUCUAUGGCAGCACCCAUCCAGCUUGAAUUUAUGAGCUCUACCCGUAGACUUGGCGGUGACGUAGUGUCCCCAUGAGUGACAGAACACUGAGCCAAUCACGGCGCAACUAGAGAACAUUACCAACACCUACGCUCAGUAUUUUCCGCUGGCUGCCCCACCACCACAGAAAGCACUGAGCUAGGCUGAAACACCUGCAUUUUGGAGCUGCCUUACUCAAGAAAGCAAAAAAAAGAGACCAUGUUUGUAUGCGGCUUUAUUAAUUUAUAUAUUUUUUUACAUUGUUACAAACUGAUAUGUGACACGUAUUAAUGCCAAAAUAACAUGCGAAACAGGCAAACCCCCCAAAUUAUUAUUAUUAUUAUGAUUAUAUAUAUAUUUUUCUUUGUGCAAAAAAUGUGGGCCUCAAAACAGGUGGGGCUCUGGGGCCCUGAAUGACGGGUCGCCACUGCCUGGGAGUAUAAUGUGUACAAUCAUCUUGCAGUGCUUCAUUAUGCGAUCUGAAAGUCCUAACGACGUGUCUUGAUUAAGUUUAAGUUGGACCUGAUCUACUUUAUAUUCACUUAGAGGAAUAUGUAUUGCCUCUUGCUUCCUCACAUGUUGGAGUUAAGUAUCCCAUUCUGGUUCUUGAUAUUUUUUCAGGUGAAUCCCGACUAUGAGGAAGAAUGUCCUGAGCCCAGAUCCUCAGUAAGUCAACCAGAGACUCCUCUAUGUCUGUGUUUCAUGUCUGAGCUGUGUUUGCUCUGUCUGGCCCUAUCUACUGCUGCUGAUCUAAACUUUCAACUCUGUGGUGGAUCUUGUUUUCCUCUCCAGGUGGUGGAUUUUGUUCCCUUUAACUUCCAGGUACUGUGUCUGUCCUUGUGUGUUUCAUCCUCUCAAAUACUUCAUUGAUGAAUUGAGGGAUUCUUUAACUAUGAUUUAAUAGCCAAUUCACCCUCUUGAAGAGAACUAAACGAAAUCUCUGUCUGACUUCCUUAAUUCGGGUCUCUCCAUUCAAGCCACUGUUUGUGUGUAGUGUGUUUGAGUAGUUCUUAUGAAAACCAUUCUCUAUUACCAUAACAUUUGAAGCUAUUUCUGUAUAUUCUGAAAGGAGAGUGUCUACUUGUAAUAGGUUUACAAAUGCAAUGGCAUUGGCAGUUGUGGUAGAUCGCCACUGGAUGUAAUCAUACCAUAUUCUCUGUGUAUGUUACUGGAGCUCAGCCAUAGAUGGCAGUAGAACACCAUCUAUUACUCUGUGUGGAGUGUGUCUAUGAAGGGGAAUAUGCCAAAGAACAUGAUCUUCUGGGGUAGAAUCCAGGGUCUGUCUUCUUUCCAUAGUUUGAUUCAGUUUCCUUCACUUAUUGUAUUACAUUCAUAAAAACUCACUUAUUAUAUAAGCCCUUAGCCUAGCCGAGUGGCACAGCGGUCUAAGGCACUGAGACGUCACUAGAGACAUCACUACAGACCCGGGUUCGAUCCCAGGCUGUAUCACAACCGGCCGUGAUCGGGAGUCCCAUAGGGCGGCGCACAAUUGGCCCAACGUCGUUAGGGGAGAGUUUGGCCGGGGGGGCUUUACAAGUAGGCCGUCAUUGUAAAUAAGAAUUUGUUCUUAACUGACUUGCCUAGUUAAAUAAAGGUUAAAUAAAAGAUGAGUGGUUCCCAAACUUUUUCCAUCGGGGGGGGCCCUCCUUCCAUCAUUGGGGAACAUCAUGCAAAUGUUUUUAUUUAUAGAUUUAUAGAUCAUGUAAAUCUAGAUGCAUUCUGAAUUGAAUUAGCCUUUAGAUCAGUCAACUUGACAGGAUGAGUCAACAACACAUUAGCUCUUCUAAAAGUGGAAAAGGUCUCUGAGUUGGCGUAACUCCCAUCUCAAUAUAACUUCUUGCUCAGUCCUCUGAAUGGUACUGAUGAGUACAGCUAAUACAAGGAGAGAUGUGUGGGUGGGUGUAUUUGUCUUGGGGGAAGGAUGGAAAGAAUAAUGAUUAACUUUCCUUACUGGACUGUAAAGCUGGAAAUUAGAAAAUCUCUUUGACUGCAGUAACCCAAACAAUGUUGCAAUGCUUUAACAUCUUAAUGUGAUCCACUGAUAUAGCACUGAUGAAGUUAUUGUUGCCAUGCAUAAGUCUAACUACUGUAUAAACCGAUUAGAGGAAACAUAUCUGAAACAUCUUCAUGCCUCUCAGCCUCAUCAGUGUUACACACAGUCAAAGUAAUAUCGCAGCAUUAUUGAAAUGAUGAACUGAACUGCUGUGUUGGGACUUCAAUAUGAACUAACAGUGUCCUCUCUAUACUGUACCUCCAGUUGGACUCGGACCAUGAGACCCUGAGAGCGCGUUUGCGAACCCCCCAGGAAAGGGUCAUGUACCAACUGGUGUCUGUUCCUGAUGGCAUGGACAUCUCCUCCAUCUUUGAGCUGGACCCUACCACCCUGAGAGGGGGGGACUCCCUAGUGCCCAGGUACACAGCCAAAUAUCACACCUAUCCACACAUGCUAUACAUGCUAUGAUCUGUCUUUAAUCACAUGUUCAAACAACCUGGUCUAAAUAGCACAGGCAAUGCUUGAUGCAAAUCUGUCUGGUGCCCUCUUUAUCCCCACGUGAUCACCCCCACAGGGACGAUUUUGUCUCCUGUCUUGUGCCGUCAGGUUAUUAGGGAGUGGUCCAGGGUUAGUUGGGGUCAGUGGAAGGAGUGGGCAGGACUCUGCUUCCUCCUGUAGCGGCCAUGUUACAGGCUGCUGCUGCUGACAGUCACGUGUUGUUGACUGGAUGGGGCACCCACCGUGACAUAUGAAACUGCUCUUCGCAUCUUCAUAGAGACAGAGAAGGGACCUCAGGGUUGUCUAAUCAUGCAGCCUAGUUAGUCUGAGAAACCAAAGAGCAGCUUUUACAGUUCAGAGAAGACCAUUUCAGGGCUAUUGUGGGAUAGCAAAAGAAAUGUCAAAUUGUUUGUUCUUUGAUCUGAAUAGAAGGUUUGCAGGACAGCUUAGCUCAGUGGUGCACAUGAUGCAAUUUUUUGUUUUCAAAGUGAUUCAUAUUUCUAAGAUAUCUCACCAUCUACCACAGAAAUGUGCUGUUAUGUGUUCACAAAAUCAAUCAGAACUCUGACCUUGCUGAGGUGAUACCGGACAUUGGCCAUUCACUUUCUGUGUGUGUGUGUUGUAGGAGGGAGUCAAGUUUGUUUUCUACUAGCUAAUAAUAGUCAGGAAAGUCCCGGUAUGAUUUGAAGCAGGAAACCAUGGUGAUGGGGCAGACUGCAGCACUGCAGGCUAGUUGCAACAUGUCUUGAUCUAGCCACGUUCCCGUCCCCUAACUAAAUACAGAAGCCAGAUGUUGAAUAGCCAUCCAUCCGCCCCCACACAGAAAACACACCAUCAUAUUUCCCAUGAAGUAAACUGCUCUUUCAGACGCCUACUUCCAAAUACAUCGGAAUUAUCAGGUCCUGUCCUUAUACUACUGCAUGUAUGGACAUCAGACAAUGUGAUAUUAAGGUGUGCUCGAUCGAAUGUAUUUAUAAAGCCCUUUUUGCAUCAGCAGAUGUCACAAAGUGUUUAUAAAGAAAUCCAGCCUAGAACCACAUGUUUUCUCAUGUUAUAUACUGCUAAAUUAAAGGAAACACCAACAUAAAGUGUCUAAUAGGACGUUGGGCCACCACGAGCCAGAACAGCUUCAAUGCACCUUGACAUAGAUUCUGGAACUCUAUUGACUGAGACACACACACACUAGUGUGAGUAAAGAUGACUAGCUCUCUCAUGUGCGCAACAAGGCGUAGAUUGCUGACAUACCAUAUGUCUAUAUUUACCUUUGCUGGGUUCCUUCCUCUUCACCUUUACUGACUGUAUCAUGUGCAAUGGGGGUGUUUGCUAAAAUAACAAUAGUGUGGUUGUUUCUGCCACCAGCAUCACAUCAGAUAAGGCCAGCGCCUCUCCCCAUAGUGUCAAAGCUUGCAUUGUGUAACGUUGUCAGGUGCGUGCCUGCCUUCUGGCUACUAUUGGCUGCAACCUCGCCCUCGGCUCCUCCUCCCAUCCUUCCUUACCUGAAAUAACCCAUGUUUUCCAGGAUACGGGCAGGCAGGCUGGGCUUUAGGUGUGAGUCAUUAGAGUGAGCAUGGUGGAUGGUCUACACAAAGGUAAGCCUGUUAGUCUAAUGGGUCAUUACGCAACCAGGCCAAGAAUACAGCCAGUGUCUGGUGUACUGUCUGUGCCUACGGCCAGAGAAGGUGGACACCAGAGUAUGUGAGCGGAGCUGAAGGGAGCGAGGAGCGGAGAGUGCUCAAUUUGACUGGAGCACGGAGCGAGAUUCCCAAAGGCUGGAGUGUCGGCCUUCUCGCCCCCGCUCCAAUUUCACUCCAAUAGUGCUCCAGUAGUGCUCACUUCACCAGCUCAGGGCAUGACCGGCCCAGCAUGCAUUUGCAGUCUACUUGUGUGCUGCUAUAGCCCCUUGCUUAAGCUACUGUCAUGAAGUUUGCUAAAUAUUUUCAUAAAGAGAUUGAUAAAACACACAAGUGCAACAUCAAGGUGACUUACAAAGAUGAGGACCAAGAGCAAGGGAGGGAGUGCGGUGAUGUAGUGUCCACAACUAAAUAAUCAUUGUGGAAUCUGAAAAGACACAUAUCCCGAAAUCAUGAUGGUGUAGCCUACUUACUACGUGCACAUGCUAAAAGAAAGGAACGAGGUGGGUAGCUAAUUAAGUGUCAUUUAUCAACCAAAAAUCACAUCUCUUAAAAGUUUUUUUCAUUUUUGUUCUAUUAUCUAUACAAUAGGCCAUCAGUGAUUUUGGCCCAAUAGGCCUGGCAUAUUCCAACUUUCAAGGAGCUUUCUGUUUUCAUUGGGUUAGGCCUAUAUAUAUAUAUAUAUAUAUAUAUAUAUAUAUAUAUAUAUAUAUAUAUAUAUAUAUACACACAGUGCCUUUGGAAAGUAUUCAGACCCCUUGACCUUUUCCACAUGUUGUUAUGUUACAGCCUUGUUCUGAAAUUGAUGAAAUUGUUUUUUUCCCUCAUCAAUCUACACACAAUACCCCAUAAUGACAAAGCAAAAACAGGUUUUUAGACAUUUUUGCUAAUUUAUUCCAAAUUAAAAACGGAAAUAUUACAUUUAUGUAAGUUUUCAGACCCUUUACUCAGUACUCUGUUGAAGCACCUUUGGCAGCGAUUACAGCAUUGAGUCUUCUUGGGUAUGACGCUACAAGCUUGGCACAUCUGUAUUUGGGGAGUUUCUCCCAUUCUUCUCUGCUGAUCCUCUCAAGCUCUGUCAGGUUGGAUGGGGAGCAUUGCUGCACAACUAUUUUCAGGUCUCUCCAGAGAUGUUCGAUCGGGUUCAAGUCCGGGCUCUGGCUGGGCCACUCAAGGACAUUCAGAGACUUGUCCCGAAGCCACUCCUGCGUUGUCUUGGCUGUGUGCUUAGGGUCGCUGUCCUGUUGGAAGGUGAUCCUUCGCCCCAGUCUGAGGUCCUGAGCGCUCUCUAGCAGGUUUUCAUCAAGGAUCUCUCUGUACUUUGCUCCAUUCAUAUUUUCCUCGAUCCUGAAUAGUCUCCCAGUCCCUGUUGAUGAAAAACAUCUCCACAGCAUGAUGCUGCCACCACCAUGCUUCACCGUAGGGAUGGUGCCAGGUUUCCUCCAGAUGUGGCGCUUGGCAUUCAGGCCAAAGAGUUGAAUCUUGGUUUCAUCAGACCAGAGAAUCUUGUUUCUCAUGGUCUGAGAGUGCUUUAGGUGCCUUUUGGCAAACUCCAAGCGGGCUGUCAUGUGCCUUUUACUGAGGAGUGGCUUCCAUCUGGCCACUCUACCAUAAAAGCCUGAUUGGUGGAGUGCUGCAGAGAUGGUUUUCCUUUUGGAAGGUUCUCCCAUCUACACAGAGGAACUCUAAAGUUCUGUCAAAGUGACCAUCGGGUUCUUGGUCACCUCCCUGACCAAGGCCCUUCUCUCCCGAUUUCUCAGUUUGUCCGGGCGGCCAGCUCUAGGAAGAGUCUUCGUGGUUCCAAACUUCUUCCAUUUAAGAAUGAUGGAGGCCACUGUGUUCUUGGGGACCUUCAAUGCUGCAGACAUUUUUUGGUACUGUUCCCCAGAUCUGUGCCGCACACAAUCCUCUCAGAGCUCUACAGACAAUUCCUUCGACCUCAUGGCUUGGUUUUUGCUCUGACAUGCACUGUCAACUGUGGGAUCUUAUAUAGACAGGUGUGUGCCUUUCCAAAUCAUGUCCAAUCAAUUUAAUUUACCAAAGAUGGACUCCAAUCAAGUUGAAGAAACAUCUCAAGGAUGAUCAAUGGAAACAGGAUGCAGCUGAGCUCAAUUUCGAUUCUCAUAGCAAAGGGUCUGAAUACUUAUGUAAAUAAGGUAUUUCUGUUAUUUAUUUUUAAUACAUUUGCAAAAUUUACUAAAAACCUGUUUUUGCUUUGUCAUUAUGGGGUAUUGUGUGUAUAUUUCUGAGGAUCUUUUUUUAUUUCAUCAAUUUUAGAAUACGUUUGUAAUGGAACAACAUGUGUAAAAAGUCAAGGGGUCUGAGUACUUUCCGAAGGCACUGUAUAUAAGAAAAGCUCUGCAUCCCUGCCCAGCCUGGCAAGAGUGGCCAAAAGGGUGUUUAGCAUCCCCAGUAGCUCUGCAAGUGUGGAGAGGAUAUUCUCCGCUGCUGGCCUGCUCUCCCUGCACCAUCACAUGAGCCUGAAGCCACAGACUCUGGCCAAACUGUUGUUUCUAAAAAAUGAAUUCAAAGGCACUGUAGACUGAGCUUAAUUUGUAUUUAAUUCUAAGUAAGUCACAGGCUAUAUGUGAAAUUUAUAGACUAUAAUGAUUUAACACAACAAAAUGUUGUUUAAAUGCUGAGCUCCUAAUGUGCCUGACUCCCUACCAGCCUAGUGUGUCGUACUCGCAAAUACUUCACAAUGUAUUUCUUUGUAGGCUAUAGCCUUGAAAUAAUUGAAAUAAUUCAUUUCUUAUAUGCUGUUUAAUAUGACAUGUAGCAUAUUUGAAAUUUUGAGCUUUUAAUUAAAAUCAUAUGGUUUGGUUUCAAUACUUCAAUACCAAAUGGUAGGUCCAGGUAGUCACAAAAAUAGAUGGGUGUUGGUUAAAUUGUGAUUUCAAUGAAAGGAGCGAAUUUGAAGUAGAAUUUUUUCCCCUGUGAGCGCAGAGCAGUUUUUAGCGGAGCGGUUGGAAACACCGCUCCAUGAGCGAUGUGCAGGAUUUCCGACUGCUCAACUCCGCUCACAUACUCUGGUGGACACACAUAGAGCCCGACCAAUAUAUUGUUUCACCAAUAUAAUCAGGCCUUAUUGGCAUUUUACCGAUAUAUAAUUCCGACGUAAUUCGAUAAAUAGGAUGCAAAAUGCAAUCAUGUUCCUUUUUCCAACUUUAUUAUUACUGUUAGGAGGUUCAAACAAGGUUACCACAGGAUAGCGGGAAGUCGCUUUCUGAGCAAAACCUUCUACAGACCUAGCCUGGUUUCAAAUCUGCAUGUGCUUCAGGGAAGAGAACAGAGUAGCCAGAAGAUUCCGACCCUACCGUUACGCUUGUUUACCCAGACCUGCACUGGGGUCGGAACGCCAUCAUGGUUAGAUUAAGACACAGCAGAGCCGGCGCAAAAUAUGGGUCGGAAAAACUACCUCAAUGCAGGGAUGGGAUAUACCACUGUACUCCAAAUGUUACCUUUAUCCAAACUGAUACACCGGGAAGAUUGAAAUACUGCUAUUUUUUCCAGAAAACUGCCCUUUUCGUCCCCGUGCUAGGUAGCAGUAGCCACAGCACAUCGUGUUGAACAACAAAGAAGCUGAUUAGCUGGCACUGCUGUUUUGGCACACAAAACAUAAAAGUAUUUGUAUUUUGGAACUAGAUUUUCAUACAUCUUGUUUGAGGACGUUACAGCAAGUCAUCACACCCACUAGCGGUGAGAGACCACUCUAAACAUCAUUACCAUUAUCAUAUAUAUAUAUAUAUAUAUAUGCUCAUAGCGAGUGAGCGAGCAUCGUUUGGGGGAGAGGCACACAGUGCUGUCUUCUCUCUUUUGUAUUGGAUAACUCCUCAUGUUAGAGCAAUGACAGUGUUGUUGUUAUUGUAGGGGUCACUACUAGGGGGUCACUACUGUACUGACUCAGCCAUCUAUGACCAUGCAGAGUGACCAUGCAUGCUUGUACAGUUGAAGUCGGAAGUUUACAUACACUUAGGUUGGAGUCAUUAAAACUUGUUUUUCAACCACUCCACAAAUGUCUUGUUAACAAUAUAUAGUUUUGGCAAGUCGGUUAGGACAUCUACUUUGUGCAUGACACAAGUAAUUUUCCAACAAUUGUUUAGAGACAGAUUAUUUCACUUAUAAUUCACUGUAUCACAAUUCCAGUGGGUCAGAAGUUUACAUACACUAAGUUGACUGUGCCUUUAAACAGCUUGGAAAAUUCCAGAAAAUGAUGUCAUGGCUUUAGAAGCUUCUGAUAGGCUAAUUGACAUCAUUUGAGUCAAUUGGAGGUGUACCUGUGGAUGAAUUUCAAGGCCUACCUUCAAACUAAGUGCCUCUUUGCUUGACAUCAUGGGAAAAUCAAAGGAAAUCAGCCAAGACCUCAGAAAAAUAUUUGUAGACCUCCACAAGUCUGGUUCAUCAUUGGGAGCAAUUUCCAAAUGCCUGAAGGUACCACGUUCAUCUGUACAAACAAUAGUAUGCAAGUAUAAACACCAUGGGACCACGCAGCUGUCAUACCGCUCAGGAAGGAGACGGUCUGAUGAAACAAAAAUAGCCCCAGAUCGAGGGAGAUUAUCAGUGGUCUUGUAUGUCUUCCAUUUCCUAAUAAUUGCUCCCACAGUUGAUUUCUUCAAACCAAGCUGCUUACCUAUUGCAGAUUCAGUCUUCCCAGCCUGGUGCAGGUCCACAAUUUUGUUUCUGGUGUCCUUUGACAGCUCUUUGGUCUUGGCCAUAUUGGAGUUUGGAGUGUGACUGUUUGAGGUUGUGGACAGGUGUCUUUUAUACUGAUAACACGUUCAAACAGGUGCCAUUAAUACAGGUAACGAGUGGAGGACAGAGGAGCCUCUUAAAGAAGAAGUUACAGGUCUGUGAGAGCCAGAAAUCUUGCUUGUUUGUAGGUGACCAAAUACUUAUUUUCCAUCAAAAGAAAAAAAAUCUCAUUUUGUCUGUCAUAGUUGACGUGUACCUAUGAUGAAAAUUACAGGCCUCUCUCAUCUUUUUAAGUGGGAGAACUUGCACAAUUGGUGGCUGACUAAAUAAUUUUCCCCCCCACUGUAAUAGGACAGCAAUAUUUGCCCAUCCAAGUUGACAGAGCAUAACAGAGUAAACACAGCUGGUAUUCCCCAGUAAUCCCAAAUACUUCUGCAAACAAUAUAAAUAUUUAAAUAAAGCUCACUUUUCUAGGCUACUGUAAGGUUGACACUGGAAAAAAUAAUCUGAAGAAUUACAAUCCACAAACAUGAUUUAGCAUUAUAAAAGGCCUCUUAGAAGAAUUCUCAUAGAGGUAACUAGUAUAGUGGACUGUUGUUGUUUUCUGUAUUGGUGCAGUCCUCUGAGUUGCUCUGUCCUGUUCCCUCAGGAACUCUUUCGUGAGGCUCCGGCACCUCUGCACCAACACAUGGGUCCACAGUACCAACAACCCCAUUGACAAGGAGGAGGAGAAGCCUGUCAUGUUACGGGUGAGUGGUUGGGAAGGAUACUAGUGUGUGACCUUUGGUCGGACUUGUAAAAUCUAUUUAUUGAAAGUAUGUUUUACACGUCGUUCUUUUAGAUUGGCACAUCAGCGGUUAAAGAAGACAAAGAGGCCUUUGCCAUAGUGCCUGUCCCCCCAGCGGAAGUCAGAGACUUAGACUUGGCCAACGAUGCCAGUAAAGUGUUGGCAUCCAUUGCUGGCAAACUGGAGAAGGGCACUAUAACACAGAAUGAGAGGAGGUAAAGUGUGUGUUUGAAACAGAUGCCGGCAGUAACCUUUGACCUACUGUAUUACAUUGUCGUAAAUAUCUGGUAGAUUGAAAGUAAUUUAAGAAGAUUGCUGUUAACAUUUGGUAGAACUAUUAUUUUUCAUGUUGAGAAGUGUCAUCAUUUAAGGUCCACCAGGUAUUCCAUAGUUUUUCUCUUUUUAGCUAUUGUUGCUGGCUCCUCUCUCUGGAGAGGCUGGCUGUAGGAGUUGGUGUUAUCUGGGAUCCUGGUGGAACCAUUCAUUCCUCCUUGGCCCUGUAUCUCUGGUCUCCAGGUUUGUCACUAAGCUUCUGGAGGACCUGGUCUUCUUUGUGUGUGACAUCCCCAACACUGGCCAGGAUGUACUGGAGAUCAUGGUCAACAAGCCCAACCGAGAGAGACAGAAACUCAUGAGGGAGCAGAACAUCCUCAAACAGGUACAGCUCAUUGUACUCAGCUAUUGUAUGCAGUAAUCAUGUGCCUAAGAACCAGAUUUAUAUUGUUAGCACUGAGCCAGUGUGCCCGAGGAGGAAGUCCGCUGUGUGCAGCUCACCCUGCACUAACAUAAAGAACAUGAGCACAUCUACUGCUGCUAAGCUUCCCAGUAAAGCAAUAAAAACAAGUAAGCAUCCCAGAAGAAAAGUGCUCGAAAUAGCCCACGUUAACAUAUGUAGUUUAAGGAACAAGGUUAAUGAAAUCAAUAAUUUGCUAGUAACAGAUGACAUUGAUAUUUUGACUAUCUCUGAAACUCACUUAGAUAAUACCUUUGAUGAUACAGUGAUAGCAAGGUUAUAACAUUUACAGAAAAGAUAGAAAUGCCAAUGGUGGAGGUGUUGCUGUUUAUAUUCAGAACCACAUUCCUGUGAAGAUUAGAGAGGAUCUCAUGUUAAAUACUCUCUCACCUAAAGCCCAUUCUGGUGGGAAGCUGCUAUAGACCACCAAGUGCUAACAGUCAGUAUCUGGAUAACAUGUGUGAAAUGCUUGAUAAUGUAUGUGAUAUCAAUAGAGAGGUAUACAUUCUGGGUGAUUUAAAUAUUGACUGGCUUUCAUCAGGCUGCCCACUAAAGAGAAAGCUUCAAACUGUAACCAGUGCCUGCAACCUGGUUCAGGUUAUCAGUCAACCUACCAGGGUAGUUACAAACAAUACAGGAAUUAAAUCAUCAAUAUGUAUUGAUCAUAUCUUUACUAAUGCUGCAGAAAUUUGUUUGAAAGCAGUAUCCAUAUCCAUUGGAUGUAGUGAUCACAAUAUAGUAGCCAUAUCUAGGAAAACCAAAUUCCAAAGGCUGGGCCUAAUAUUGUGUAUACAGUCAGUUUUGUAGUGAUUCCUAUGUUGUUGAUGUAAGGAAUAUAUGUUGGUCCGUGGUGUGUAAUGAGGAGCAAACAGACACUGCACUUGACACAUUUAUGAAAUUGCUUAUUCCAGUUACUAAUAAGCAUGCACCCAUUAAGAAAAUGACUGUAAAAACGGUUAAAUCCCUGUGGAUUGAUGAGGAAUUGAAAAAUUGUAUGGUUGAGAGGUGUGAGGCAAAAGGAAUGGAAAAUAAGUCUGGCUGCACAACCGAUUGGCAAACUUAUUGCAAAUUGAGAAAUCAUGAUACUAAACUGAAUAAAAAGAAGAAGGAACUACACUAUUAAACAAAGAUAAAUGACAUAAAGAAUGAAAUUAAAAUGCUUUGGAUUACCUUAGAUUACAUUUUGGGAAAAAGGUAAACUCAGCUCCAUCAUUCAUUGAAUCAGAUGGCUCAUUCAUCACCAACCCAACUGAUAUUUUCAACUACUUUAAUUAUUUUUCGGCAAGAUUAGCAAACUUAGGAAAGACAUGCCAUCAACAAUCGCUGACACUACACAUCCAAGUAUAUCUGACCAAAUUAUGAAAGAUAAGUAUUGUAAUUUUGAAUUCCGUAAAGUGAGUGUGGAAGAGGUGAACAAAUUAUUGUUGUCUAUCAACAAUGACAAGCCACCGGGGUCUGACAACUUGGAUGGAAAAUUACUGAGAAUAAUAGCAGACGAUAUUGCCACUCCUAUUUGCCAUAUUUUCAAUUUAAGCCUACUAGAAUGUGUGUGCCCUCAGGCCUGGAGGGAAGCAAAAGUCAUUCCGCUACCUAAGAAUAGUAAAGCCCCCUUUACUGGCUCAAAUAGCCGACCAAUCAGCCUGUUACCAACCCUUAGUAAACUAUUGGAAAAAAUGGUGUUUGACCAGAUACAAUGCUAUUUUACAUUAAACAAAUUGACAACAAACUUUCAGCAUGCUUAUAGAGAAGGACAUUCAACAAGCACAGCACUUACACAAAUUACUGAUGAUUGACUGAGAGAAAUUGAUGAUAAAAUAUUGUGGGGGCUGUUUUGUUAGACUUCAGUGUGGCUUUUUACAUUAUCGAUCAUAGUCUGCUACUGGAAAAACGUAUGUGUUAUGGCUUUACUCCACCUGCUAUAUUGUGGAUACAGAGUUACCUGUCUAACAGAACACAGAGGGUGUUCUUUAAUGGAAGCCUCUCCAACAUAAUCCAGGUAGAAUCAGGAAUUCCCCAGGGCAGCUGUCUAGGCCCAUUACUAUUUUCAAUCUUUACUAAUGACUUGCCGCUGGCUUUGAGUAAAGCCAGUGUCUAUGUAUAUGGAUGACUCAACACUAUACAUGUCAGCUACUACAGCGACUGAAAUGACUGCAACACUUAACCAAAGUUGUAGUUAGUUUCAGAGUGGGUGGCAAGGAAUAAGUUAGUCCUAAAUAUUUCUAAAACUAAAAGCAUUGUAUUUGGGACAAAUCAUUCACUAAACCCUAUACCUCAACUAUAUCAUGUAAUAAAUAAUGUAGAAAUUGAGCAAGUUGAGGUGACUAAACUGCUUGGAGUAACCCUGGAUUGUAAACUGUCAUGGUCAAAACAUAUUGAUACAACAGUAGUUAAGAUGGGGAGAAGUAUGUCCAUAAUAAAGCGCUGCUCUACCUUUUUAACAGCACUAUCAACAAGGCAGGUCCUACAUGCUCUAGUUUUGUCACACCUGGACUACUGUAUAGUCGUGUGGUCAGAUGCCACAAAAAAGGACUCAGACCAGGGCAGCACGGCUGGCCCUUGGAUGUACACAGAGAGAUAAUAUUAAUAAUAUGCAUGUCAAUCUCUCCUGGCUCAAAGUGGAGGAGAUAUUGACUUAAUCACUACUUGUAUUUAUGAGAGGUAUUGACAUGUUGAAUGCACCGAGCUAUCUGUUUGAACUAAUGGUGCACAGCUCGGUCACCCAUGCAUACCCCACAAGACAUGCCACCAGAGGUCUCUUCACAGUCCCCAAGUCAAGAACAGACUAUGGGAGGCGCACAGUACUACAUAGAGCCAUGACUACAUGGAACUCUAUUCCAAAUCAAGUAACUGAUGCAAGUAGUAAAAUUAGAUUAAAAAAACUGAUUAAAAAAACACCUUAUGGAACAGCGGGGACUGUGAAGAAACACAAACAUAGGCGCAGAAACAUGCAUAUACGCACUAUACACAUACGUACACAUGGAUUUUGUACUGUAGAUAUGUGGUAGUACUCAGCAGUAGUAUCAUAUACUUUGGGCCUGGGGUACUUAUGAGGGUCAAUGUUAAGUUGACCUCUCCACAUUGUCAAUUUGAGUGUCACAAUUUAAAUUAUAUAUGAAAUCCAUAUCCCUCUUUAGAUUUUCAAACUUCUCCAAGCCCCGUUCACAGACAGUGGGGAUGGUCCCAUGCUGCGAUUGGAAGAGCUUGGUGACCAGCGCCACGCCCCCUUCAGGCACAUCUGCAGGCUCUGCUACCGGGUAUUACGGCACUCCCAACAAGACUACAGGAAGAACCAGGUUGGUGGGCAGAACUGAUUGAUUGCAUCGAUCAACUCAGACACACAGAUGCAGAAAUGUGGUAGCUAAAAGGCUAAAUGUACUUAACCUGUUAGUUGUAUAUUAGAAUGUUCCUGACCCUCACUAACUCCUCCUCUACAGGAGUACAUAGCCAAGCAGUUCCGCUUCAUGCAGAAGCAGAUAGGCUACGACGUUCUGGCUGAGGACACGAUAACGGCCCUGCUCCACAACAACCGCAAGCUUCUGGAAAAACACAUCACGGCCGCAGAGAUCGACACCUUUGUCACCCUUGUCAGGAAGAACCGGGAACCCAGGUGAGACCAAGAGAACGGGGCGAUAGGAUGGGGGCAUGCCAUGGGCCUGAUUCAGAAGGUCGUCUGUGGAUGGAGGUUUGUUUGUACAGCACCAGCCAGGGAAUGUAGUAGAUGUAGAUGUAUUCAAAUGUAUGCAUGAGGGUAUCAGAGGAUGGGAUUGUGUUGGACCCUGGCACUGGAGGUAAUUGCUGUCAUUAGUGCUGUCAAGCUCCAGUCUUGUGCUGCUGGUGAUAUGAGAACCAUGCUGAUCCAAGGGUCUGGAUAAAGGGGGCUUUUACUGGGGUCUGAUGGAGCUGGGAGGGGGACUGGGACUGGAGCCUUCUGUUUCCAGCAGCACAGGGCUGUAGCAGGUCACUGAGCCUGAAUAAGCCUACUCUGGGAGCCUGUAGUGUGGCUACUGGCUAGUGCACUGUUGUAGGCCCUGUAGUUUCAAGUUUCAAUGUCACAUGCACAAGUACAGUGAAAUGCCUUUCUAAACCCAACAAUGCAAUAAUCAAGAACAAUGUAUUACUAGAAAAAAAAAUAGAAUAAGAAAUAUGAAAUACACAAUGAAAUAAGUAAGUAAGCAUACUAUAUACAGGAAAUAUUUAAAAGUCAGUUCCAAAACCAUAUUUACAUGUGCAGGGAUACUGGAGUGAUGGAGGUAGAUAUGUAUAGGGGUAAGGGGACUAGGCAGCAGGAUAUAACAUAAACAGAGUAGCAGCAGCUUGUAUGUGAGUGGGUGUGCGGGUGUGUAGAGUCAGUAUAAAUGUAUGUGCAUAUUAUGUGUGAGUGAGAAAAUUAUGGAGUGAGUGUUUGUGUGUGUGUUGGAGGACAGUGUGUGUAGAGCCCUGUUAGUGUGCAUAGAGAAAGUGCAAAGAUUGAAAUAAAAGGUAAAUAAAGAUAAAAGGUCAACUCAUAUAGUCUGUGUAGCUAUUUUGUUAGCUAUUUAUCAGUCGUGUUUCUUGGGGAUAGAAGCUGUUCAAGAGCCUGUUGGUGUCAGGCUUGAUGCACCGGUACCUCUUGCCUUUGCGGCAGCAGAGAAAAUAGUCUAUGGCUUGGGUGGUUGGAGUCUUUGAUGAUUUUCAGGGCCUUCUUUUCACACCGCCUGAUAUAGAGGUCACUGGAUGGCAGGGAGCUCGGCCCAGUGAUGUACUGGGCUGUCCGCACAACUCUCUGUAGCGCCAUGCGAUCGAGGGCAAUGCUAUUGCCAUACCAAGCUGUGAUGCAGCCAGUCAAUAUGCUCACAAUGGUACAGCUGUAGAACGUUUUGAGGAUUUGAGGGCCCAUGCCAAACUUUUUCAACCUCCUGGGGGAAAAGAGUCACUGUCACGCUUUCUUCACGACAGUGCAUGUGUGUUUGGACCAUAUUAAGUGUUUAGUGAUUUGGAUACCGAGGAACUUGAAGCUGUCUACCUUUUCCGCCCACCCAUUUCCUGUAGUCCACGAUAAGCUCCUUGGUCUUGCUGACGUUGAGGGAGAGGUUGUUGCUCCGGCACCACACUGCCAGGUCACUGACCUCCUCCCUGUAGGCUGACUCAUCGUCGCCAGUGAUCAGGCCUAGCACCGUUGUUUCAUGAGCGAACUUGAUAAUGAUGUUGGAGUUGUUCGUGGGCACACAGUCGUGGGCGAACAAGGGAGUACAGGAGGGGACUAAACACACACCCUGUGGGGCCACUGUGUUAAGGGUCAGCGUGGCGGAGGAGAUGUUGCCUACCCUCACCACCUGGGGUCGGCCCAUCAGGAAGUCCAGGCUCCAGUUGCAGAGGGAGGUGUUCAGACCCAGAGUCCUAAGCUUGAUGACGAGCUUGGAGGGGACAAUGGUGUUGAACACUGAGCUGUAGUCAAUGAACAACAUUCUCACAUAGGUUUUCCUCUUAUCUAGGUGGAUGAGGGCAGUGUGGAGAAAUUGAGAUUGUGUCGUCUAUGGAUCUGUUGGGGUGGUAUGCAAAUUGGAGUGGGUCUAGGGUGGCUGGGAUGGUGGAGUUAAUGUAUACCAUAACCAGCCUCUCUAAGCACUUCAUGAUUACAGAAGUGAGUGCUACAGGGCGUUUGUCAUUGUGACAUGAAGCCUUAGAGUUGCUGAGUACGUGCCCUGGAAUACCAUCGGGGCCCGCUGCCUUGCAGGUGUUGACCUGAUUAAAGACCCUUCUCACGUCGGCCUCAGAGAGCGAGAUCACCCAAUCCUCUGGGUCUGUGACGGCCCUCACACCCGGCUCAAUGUUGUUGUUGUCAAAGGUGCAUUAAAUGCAUUGAGUUUAUCUGGUAGAGAGGCAUUGUUGGGCAGAUCCCGGUUGGAUCUUCCUUUGUAAUCCGUAAUGGACUGUAGCCCCUGCCACAUGCAGCGGGCGGCGGCGCCUUUGUAUUAAGAUUCGACCUUAUUCCUAUAUUGUCCUUUUGCUCAUUUGAUGACUCUGUGGAGGUCAUAGUGGGACUACUUAUUCCUGUCUUCGGCCGUAGCAUCAGGGUUGUCUACGAUAGCUCUGUGUGCGGAAGCCCUUUUCUUCAGUUUAGUGCCAGCCUCUGUGUUAAUCCAGUGCAGUGGUGUAGGCCUCCUCCCUGGCAGCUGGGCCUGUAUGUUGACCAUCCCCUUCUAUUUGACCCUUAUCUCCAGGUUUCUGGACUACCUGUCUGACCUGUGCGUGUCCAUGAACAAGUCCAUCCCAGUGACUCAGGAGCUCAUCUGUAAUGCCGUGCUGGACCCUUCCAACGCCGACAUCCUCAUCGAGACUAAGUAACCCCCCCCCCUCCCUCCCCCCAAUGUGAUGAUCAUCACUUGUUUUAACCCUAGCACUAAAAACAUGAGCGUGGGUGUGUGCAUGUGUUUGAACAUAAUACUGAUGCUUUCCAAUUAGAUUGGCUCAAAUAGUGUUAUUAGAAAUGCUGUUGAUUAUGAAAACAAAGACUGAUGUGUGUUUCAUUAUUCAUUAUUUUCUGCAGUUACUUUGCACUAUGUUGACUGUCUGUUUUAUUUGCCGCCGACCAGGCUAGUGCUGUCACGCUUUGAGAUUGAGGCUGUAACAAUGGGGGAGACUCCCAUAGAGACGGAGGAGGACGAGGAGGAGGUGUGGCUCUUCUGGAGGGACAACUGCAAGGAGAUCAGGAGCAAGAGUGUCAGAGAGCUGGCCCAGGAUGCCAAGGAGGGCCAGAAGGAGGACCAGGAGGUGGUCAGCUACUACAGGUCAGGGAUAAGUGCCUUAAAGGCUUCAGAAUGAGUUAAAGUUGGAUAGUGGGUGCUAUGAAAUGUUUGGAUAUACAGUAUGUAAAAGCAUAUGGGACAGUUUGAUUGUCUAUGUACGUAGCCUGCUUUCAGACUAAAACCCUGUCCAGAUGUUAAAGUAUGCUCCUCUCCCCUCUGCAGGUACCAGCUGAAUCUGUUUGCGCGGAUGUGUCUGGACCGUCAGUACCUGGCCAUCAAUAAGAUCUCUGGCCAGCUGGACGUGGACCUGAUCCUGCGUUGCAUGUCUGACGAGGACUUGCCCUACGACCUCAGGGCAUCCUUCUGCCGCAUGAUGCUGCACAUGCAUGUGGACCGCGACCCCCAGGAACAGGUCACGCCAGUCAAGUACGCCCGCCUCUGGUCCGAGAUCCCCUCCCAGAUCGCCAUCGACGAGUGAGUGGGGUUUACGUGUUAUUAGAGUCCUAUCAGAGAUAUUCUGCGUUACCUGAGCCUUUUCACAAGAAUGUUCUCUCACUUUCUAAGCUACGACAAUGAUGGGACCACCAGAGAUGAGAUCAAAGAGAGGUUCUGCCUGACCAUGGAGUUUGUGGAGAACUACCUGAUGUCUGUGGUGUCUCAGAACAUCCCCUUUGACGACAGAGAGAAAAACAAGCUCACCUUCGAGGUAGGUUUCCCUGGAAACAUAACAAAGUGUCAAACAGAGAAAAUGUAUAAUAUGGAGAAUUAUCUCACCUCUGUUUUCACUUUUCUCUAUUAAAAGGUAGUGAACCUGGCAAGGAACCUCAUUUACUUUGGCUUCUACAACUUCAGUGACCUGCUGCGACUGACUAAGAUCUUAUUGAACAUAUUGGACUGUGUUCAUGUCAGCACCAUUUACCCCAUUACCAAGCUGGAGAAGGGAGAGGAAAAACAAGGUGAACACCCGACUUCUUCCUGUCUGUCAAUUGGUAUUGGCUGUUACUGAUGUACUGUAAUUGAGGUGCGCUCUCUCGCUCUCAAUACCCUUCCCUUAUAUGAGGAAUCAUGUUGGAGUUCAUUAGGUUUGGUUAAUGUGUUGUGUGUGAGUAAGCACCCCAGUUCAACUCUGAGGUGUGUGUGUAUUUUUGUGUGUUUGUGUGGGCGUGUCCACAGGCAGUAAUGUGAUGAAGUCUAUCCACGGGGUGGGGGAGCUGAUGACCCAGGUGGUCCUCCGAGGGGGGGGCUUCCUCCCAGUCACCCCCACCCACCAGCCGGAGGAGGGUGUGGUCAAGACCCAGACAGAGCCGGAGAGGGAGGACAUCAUGGUGAUGGACACCAAGCUCAAGAUCAUCGAGAUCCUCCAGGUAACUCCUGCCCCUGUCAUCUGGCCUUUCAUAUAGAUUGUCCGUUGUUGUAUCCAAAUAUCUUGGCUUUGAUUUCCCAUAGUAUCAAAUACAAAUGUAUACAAAAUCUAGAAUGAGGACAUAUUUUUCUCAGUAUGAUUAUUCUUAGUGGUGAGCUCUAAAGCCUGUUGUUUUAACUAACUGAUGUGCUCUGUUCCUGCCCACUAGUUCAUUCUGAAUGUGCGGCUGGACUACAGGAUCUCCUGCCUGCUCUGUAUCUUCAAGCGGGAGUUUGAUGAGAGUAACCCUCAGGGUGAUAAUACACCAUCUAGUGCUAGUCAGGAUGGAAAUAAUAUGACAGGUCAGCAUACUGAAAACCGAAGCCUUGCCUUUUUGUCUUACUGCUUUUACCCUCAAGCUACAGACACUACAGAAAUAACAGACACUACAGACAUAACAGAUGCCACAUGUCCUUAUACCCUUAGUAUUUGUAUUAAAAAAAAAAAAUCUGAUAUUUAUCAAGUUCGUUUGUGGUGUCGAAGGUUUCUGAAGUAUAGCCUUCAAACGGGCUUCACAAGAAUGUAAAUGCUUCAUUUGUUUUGUUAGGUGCUCUAGAUUUUGAGAACAUAGAAGAGCAGGCAGAGGCAAUCUUUGGAGGAAGGUAAACCUCUCAUUUUAAAACAAUGCAGUGUCAGUCUCCAUAAAAUGACUGUUUAAUACUGGAAUACUCAGUCCCCAGUGUCUGAGCCUGGUGUGUUGUUCUGCAGUGAGAAGAUCACCCCUCUGGACCUGGAUGACCAUGGAGGGAGGACCUUCCUGAGGGUGCUACUGCACCUCACGAUGCAUGACUACCCUCCCCUGGUGUCAGGGGCCCUCCACCUGCUCUUCAGACACUUCAGCCAGAGACAGGAAGUCCUCAUGGCCUUCAAACAGGUAGGCCUCCAACCAAACCCACAGGUCCCACAGCCACAAGAACACACAGGUCCACUGUAUCAUUUCUCCUCACACUCAAGAAUCGUAUCUUCAGUUAGAAAGUCAUUAAAUGAAUGAGCAUUAAAGUCAUUUGAUUACAAGGCAAUUAAAGUCCUAGCUUGCUGUGAAGAUUAAACUUAAGUCUAAACUGAGGUAUAUCCCUUCCUCUUCCCUUAGGUCCAGCUCUUGGUGACCAGCCAAGAUGUGGAUAACUACAAGCAGAUCAAGUCAGACUUGGACCAGCUGCGCUCCAUCGUGGAGAAGUCGGAGCUGUGGGUGUACAAGAGGCAGGGGGACGAUGACGGAGGGGACGGACCCUCAGAGUCCGACCAUAAAAAGAAGGUAUUGCUUCAAAACUUCCCAACGGUUAUAGUACAUCUGAAGGCUUUUUUUGAAUGCUUCAUAUGAAUAUGAACAAGCUCUCAUUCGAACUCUGUCCAUGUGCAGGGGGAUUCAGGCAGCUCAGACAAAAAGAAGGAGGAAAGCAACAGCAGUUACAACUACAGGGUUAUGAAGGAGGUACCAUCUUCUUCUUCAUUUUCUCUAAUCUUUGAGUUGGCGGUGUAAGGAGUCAUUGCCUUCACUCUUUUUUAAGAUGCUGUCAGUCAUUAGAUAUGUAUAAGGCAGACAGUCUCUGAGCCCCUUCUCUCUUCCCCUGUGUGUUCAGAUCCUGCUGCGGCUCAGUAAGCUGUGUGUCCAGGAGGGCGCAUCAGGGAAGAAGAGUAAGAAGCAGCAGCAGAGACUACUGAGGAACAUGGGGGCCCACAGUGUGGUGCUGGAGCUACUGCAGAUCCCCUAUGAGAAGGUACUGGAGAAUAUGAUGGGUUAGACCUAUACUCUCAACAUAUCCCUUUAUAGACUGACCAAAAAGGCAUGAAGCAAACACUAGAGCAUUUAUGCUAUAUAGUUGUACAUAGGCUUGGUCAACAAUUUCAUUUGUGGAAGGUUUGAAUGAAAACUGCAGCUCUUGGGUUGUGUGGCUGCCUGUACUUGUGAUGAACACUCCAGGGCGAGGACGUCCGCAUGCAGGAGAUCAUGAAGCUGGCUCAUGAGUUCCUCCAGAACUUCUGUGCAGGGAAUCAGCAGAACCAGAUCCUGCUGCACAAGCACAUCAACCUAUUCCUCAACCCAGGGGUGAGUGGACCUUCCUGGGGAAAGGGUUAGGGCUGGGAGGGACCAGUGGUACUCCAUCCUACCCAUACCAAUAAGUCCACUAGUUUGAUGCUUCUAUUUCUCGUUCUCUUCAGAUUCUGGAGGCAGUCACCAUGCAACACAUUUUCAUGAAUAACUUCCAGCUGUGCAGUGAGAUCAACGAGCGCGUGGUGCAGCACUUUAUCCACUGCACCGAGACGCACGGCCGCCAUGUCCAGUAUCUCAAAUUCCUUCAAACCAUCGUCAAAGCCGAGAACAAGUUCAUCAAGAAGUGUCAGGACACCGUCAUGGCUGAGGUGGGAUACCAUAAUAAUUACAGGGCACACAUGAUUCUAAUGCAAAUGAAACUAUGCAUUUCCUUAAUAUAAACACGCAAUAUCUAUAUCAUGUGUCAGCAGCAUCUGAUAAGUGUGUCUGUCUUCCUCCUGCUCAGCUGGUGAACUCGGGCGAGGAUGUGCUGGUGUUCUACAAUGACCGUGCGUCCUUCCAGACCCUGGUCACGAUGAUGCGGUCGGAGCGGGACCGUAUGGAUGAGAACAGCGCUCUGAGGUACCACAUCCACCUGGUAGAGCUACUGGCUGUCUGCACCGAGGGAAAGAAUGUCUACACUGAGAUCAAGUGUAACUCUCUGCUGCCUCUGGACGACAUAGUGAGGGUGGUCACCCACGAGGACUGCAUCCCUGAGGUGAGUGAUUGACCGAAGAGCUUAAAGGCAAACAGUGGUAGUCUAUUGAAUUGAUAAAGACCCUGGUGUACAUGUUGUAUUCAUGUGACUCAUUUGAACAUUUGCUUCUUGAAGCAAGUUAAAUGGCCAUUCUGGGCUCUUGAGAUAGUUAUGUACUUAGGCACCUAUGAAGUUGUUAAUUCCUAACUUUUUCUCCAGGUGAAGAUAGCCUACAUCAACUUCCUGAACCACUGCUAUGUGGACACAGAGGUGGAGAUGAAGGAGAUCUACACUAGCAACCACAUGUGGAAGCUCUUUGAGAACUUCCUGGUGGACAUAUGCAGGGUAAACAAACACGCAUCACCUCUCUUCCAUAUCUGAUGGCUAGUCAACAGACAUGCAGGUGACAUGUUACUGAGACCUUGUUGAUAGACUACUGAGCAUUCUACAGGGAGACUCUCAAAACAAAGUUAGCCUUGUAUGUUCUCCUGGGAGUGUUCUGCUGAGAGGCAGUGUACGAUCACAGCGUGGAUUAAUGAUAUUCUAUCCUCCUUCCUGUGAGGAUGCAGGAAGUGUGAUCCAGUGAAUGCUCACCCAUUAUCCACAUCUGUCUGGUAAAUGAGUCAGGCUAACCUUGGUUAUCCAUGUCUGCUGUCUGUAGGUGUGCAACAACACCAGUGACAGGAAGCAUGCAGACACGGUUCUGGAGGGUUAUGUGACAGAGACCGUCAUGAGCAUCGUCACCACCUUCUUCAGCUCGCCCUUCUCUGACCAGAGCACCAGUCUGCAGGUAACUAUUACCAUCAUAAUACACAACAUGGCUAAAUCUAAGCAGUUGAAUGGUGGAUAUUCUACGCUGUUGGGUGAAAUAUGGUCAUCAAUCACUUUCUGUUGAUAGUGAUCUGUGUUAACUUAUCGUUUUCUAUUGUGCAUUAAUUAAUUCCUCGUCUGUGUGGAAGAAACAUUAUCCCCAAAGGCUCUACACUGUCAGUUAACGUAAUAUACAACAUUUUGCUUCAAAUAGGUGGCACGUCAGUUGUAUGUAAGUAUGGGUAAAAAUCCCACUGUGGUUGGUUUCCCAUCCCCUGGGUGUGUUCCUUACCAGGAGUCAUAGAGUAGCCAGACAUUUCCUCACUGACUGGUCUUCACAGAACUGAGUCAGCACCUUCCAAGAAUUAUUCACAAAUGCUGGUGUGCUCAAAUGCUUUAGAAUCCUCUCCUCAGUUCCUUCCUAGAUCUUUAGGCUUCUUUUCGCAAGAUACCUGGGAUGUGGUUGCUGGGAUGUGGUUGCAAACGUCACGUAACGGAUGGCAAUCACUCUGUAGCCUACUAUAAAUGGUUGGGAUGUAUGACGUGUGGAGGAGUGCCCCACUGCUUUUCUUGGAAGACUUGUCCACUUUUCUUGGAAGACUUGUUUUUCUGGGUUUUGCAAUCACUCCUGGAGUUGUCUAGUAAUACCAAUUCCUGUAAGGAACUGGGUUUGUUGUUUAGACUUUAUUAGGUUUAGUUUCUCUUGUAGUCAUUUCCACAUCCUUUCCAACCCCUUCCUCCACAAUCCCACAUCCCAUUAGACUCAAUACACCAAUUGAUGUGAACCGCCUAAUGAUAUUCAUUCCCUUCUCUCCCAUGACAGGCAAGCAUUUUGGGAAAGAUAACUGAGGUAUACAGUAUGUUGUGCUGUAGUUUUGUGUGCAGCUGGUUCACAGGGUGUUGUUUGGUCCUGGUGGUAGCUGUGAUACUGUAUGUAUUAGACACUGGUCUAGUAGGCCUGGUUGGGACGUGAGCUGAUUCUGGUGAUAACCAACAGGCGUACUAGAAGUGUUAGACCCUCUUACGUACUGUAGGUGUAUGUUACAGCACCUUUACAGUACAUACAGUUAAAGGUUCGAGGAUUGUACGGGCAAACAGGAGAAAACGCUUUGAAACGUAAAUAAACGUUCAGAUAAUACUUUCUCGGUUUCAAAGGUUUUCUCUGGUUUCUUCAUGCUGAACAUGACUCAGUUUGUGUCUGUUGGGGAAACUGGGUUCUAGGAAUAUGGUCUGUGAUAAACCACAAAAGCCUUUGUUGAUCACUGCUGGGGAUUUUAGCUUUGGUUAAUGUGCAGCCUCUGACUUGUCUUUUGACGUCUUUUCUCCUCUCAUAUCUACUGUCUUUACUUCCUGUCUGCCUGUCUCUCUCUCUCUCUCUCUCUCUCUCUCGCUUUCUCUUAGACUCGUCAGCCGGUGUUUGUACAGCUCCUGCAGGGGGUGUUCAGGGUAUACCAUUGUAACUGGCUCAACCCCACUCAGAAGGCCUCCGUUGAGGCCUGUAUCAAGGUGCUGUCUGACGUGGGUAAGAUACCUGCAAUUGGCCUCAACCUGUUGCCCAAACACUGUCUUGUUUGCAAUAUUUGCAUGGAGCUGACCCUGCAGAUAGCACUACUGGGUGACCUGAAAAGUCAUAGUCAAUCGAUCAAUAAUAUAAUAAUACUUUUAGCAAAUAUGUUUAUUUUCAAUUCACAAACUGUAGAAACAAUGAUGAUAGAAAGGUUCAGAACUUUUGUAAAACAUCACAGUACAGUUGAAAAAUAUGUGGCAAAUAGAAAUCCAAUAUGGAUGGUGUUAAGAGAUAGAUGGGAGGUGUUGAAUGGAGCCGAAGGAUGGGACUAAUAACAACAACUAAUAACAACAAGAUAACUAGUGUAAGACAUGCUGUGUCCAUAAUAAGGAUAUAGGUUAUAUAUUGUGAGCUUUUGUGAAAGAGCACAGUUAGAAAGAUAUGGCAUAUAGAAGCAUACCAGAUGGACAUCAUGAAAAUGAUCGGAGGAAGUUCAGGAGUAAAAACAAACAAAAUAUAAUUAUUGACUGUGUCCAUAAAAUGUAUAUAGUUAGUAUAAGCAUGAAGUAGAGGCCUAAGCAUUGUUGUUCUCUAGUUUAUUCCAAUUAGGGAGGGGAUGGUGGGGUUGGAAAGUAAUAAAGGUAAAUAUAUAUAUAUAUAUAUAUUUUUUAAAGGAUAUGUAUGUAUGUAUGUAUGUAUGUGUAUAUAUAUGUGUAUGUAUAUAUAUAUAUAUAUAUAUGCGAGAAAAAUAAUAAUAAUAACAUAUGGGGGAUUGGAAGUGAUGCAGACAAUUACACUGAUGGAAGUUUCAAUCUAUCUGCAAUAUUAAAGCUCAUCUACCCCUAAAAAAUAAAUAAAUACAAAAUAAAAUAAUAAACACUGUCUUGAUAAAGUCAGAGAAAUACAUCUUCUUUGUAGUCACAAGCCAAAGAGCUCAUUUUAUCUGUCAUCUACAAGAAAAAAAUAAACAUCUUUCAAAAAGUUUUUAAACUAUUGGAAACAAGCAUCCCUCUUAGGUUUGUUUCCUACUAUUUCAUUUCACACAGCCAAGAGCAGAGCCAUCGCGAUCCCAGUGGACCUGGACAGCCAGGUGAACAACCUGUUUGUCAAGUCCAACAACGUGGUCACCAAGUCCAUCCUGAGCUGGAGACUCUCCGCCAAGAACGCCCCCAGGAGGGACUCCAACACCACCGUGUCCGUUAGCUACAGAAACAUUAUAGAAAGGCUGCAGGUGAGGAUUCAGGAAUACAGUGCCUUCAGAAAGUAUUCACACCCCUUGACUUUUUCCAUAUUUUGUUGUGUUACAGCCUCAAUUUAAAAUUGAUUAAAUUUAUAUUUUUGUCACUGGCCUACACACAAUACCCCAUAAUGUCAAAGUGGAAUUAUGUUUUUAGAACAUUUUACAAAUUAAUAAAAAAUGAAAAGCUGAAAUGUCUUGAGUCAAUACAGUCAGAGAAAAAAGUAUUUGAUCCCCUGCUGAUUUUGGACAUUUGCCCACUGAGAAAGAAAUGAUCAGUCUAUAAUUUUUAUGGUAGGUUUAUUUGAACAGUGAGAGACAGAAUAACAACAAAAAAAAAAACGCAUUUAAAAAAUGUUAUAAAUUGAUAUGCAUUUUAAUGAGGGAAAUAAGUAUUUGACCCCGUCUCAAUCAGAAAGAUUUCUGUCUCCCAGGUGUCUUUUAUACAGGUAACGAGCUGAGAUUAGGAGCACAAUCUUAAAGGGAGUGCUCCUAAUCUCAGUUUGUUACCUGUAUAAAAGACACCUGUCCACAGAAGCAAUCAAUCAGAUUCCAAACUCUCCACCAUGGCCAAGACCAAAGAGCUCUCCAAGGAUGUCAGGGCCAAGAUUGUAGACCUACACAAGGCUGGAAUGGGCUACAAGACCAUCGUCAAGCAGCUUGGUGAGAAGGUGACAACAGUUGGUGUGAUUAUUCGCAAAUGGAAGAAACACAAAAUAACUGUCAAUCUCCCUCGGCCUGGGGCUCCAUGCAAGAUCUCACCUUGUGGAGUUGCAAUGAUCAUGAGAACGGUGAGGAAUCAGCCCAGAACUGGGACCAUAGUCACCAAGAAAACAAUUGGUAACACACUACGCCGUGAAGGACUGAAAUCCUGCAGCGCCAGCAAGGUCCCCCUGCUCAAGAAACCACAUAUACAGGCCCGUCCGAAGUUUGCCAAUGAAUAUCUGAAUGAUUCAUAGGAGAACUUGGUGAAACUGUUGUGGUCAGAUGAGACCAAAAUCGAGCUCUUUGGCAUCAACUCCACUCAUCGUGUUUGGAGGAGGAGGAAUGCUGCCUAUGACCCCAAGAACACCAUCCCCACCGUCAAACAUGGAGGUGGAAACAUUAUGCUUUGGGGGUGUUUUUCUGCUAAGGGGACAGGACAACUUCACCGCAUCAAAGGGACGAUGGACGGGGCCAUGUACCGUCAAAUCUUAGUUGAAAACCUCCUUCCCUCAGCCAGAGCAUUGAAAAUGGGUCGUGGAUGGGUAUUCCAGCAUGACAAUGACCCAAAACACAUGGCCAAGGCAACAAAGGAGUGGCUAAAGAAGAAGCACAUGAAGGUCAUGGAGUGGCCUAGCCAGUCUCCAGACCUUAAUCCCAUAGAAAAUCUGUGGAGGGAGCUGAAGGUUCGCGUUGCCAAACGUCAGCCUCGAAACCUUAAUGACUUGGAGAAGAUCUGCAAAGAGGAGUGGGACAAAAUCCCUCCUGAGAUGUGUGCAAACCUGGUGGCCAACUACAAGAAACGUCUGACCUCUGUGAUUGCCAACAAGGGUUUUGCCACCAAGUACUAAGUCAUGUUUUGCAGAGGGGUCAAAUACUUAUUUCCUUCAUUAAAAUGCAAAUCAAUUUAUAACAUUUUUGACAUGCGUUUUUUCUGGAUUUUUUUGUUGUUAUUCUGUCUCUCAUUGUUCAAAUAAACCUACCAUUAAAAUUAUAGACUGAUCAUGUCUUUGUCAGUGGGCAAACGUACAAAAUCAGCAGGGGAUCAAAUACUUAAUUUCCUCACUGUAUGUAUUCAACCCCUUUGUUAUGGCAAGCCUAAAUAGGUUCAGGAGCAGAAAUUUGCUUAACAAGUCACAUAAUAUGUUGCAUGGAGUCACUCUGUGUGUAAUAAUAGUGUUUAACAAUAAUUUUUUUAUGACUUUCUCCUCUCUGUACCCCACACACACAAUUAUCUUUAAGGUCCCUCAGUCGAGCAGUGAAUUUCAAACACAGAUUUAACCACAAAAACCAGCGAGGUUUUCCAAUGCCUCGCAAAGAAGGGCACCUUCAGACAUUGAAUAUCCCUUUGAGCAUGGUGAAGUUAUUAAUUACACUUUGGAAGGUGUAUCAAUACACCCAGUCACUACAAAGAUACAGGCGUCCUUCCUAACUCAGUUGCUGGAGAGGAAGGAAACUGCUCAGGGAUUUCACCAUGAGGCCAAUGUUGACUUUAAAACAGUGUCAGAGUUUAAUGGAUGUGAUAGGAGAAAACUGAGGAUGGAUCAACAACAUUGUAGUUACUCCACAAUACUGACCUAAAUGACAGAGUGAAAAGAAGGAAGCCUGUAUAGAAUAAACAUAUUCCAAAACAUGUAUCCUGUUUGUAAUAAGGCACUAAAGUAAAACUUCAAAAAAUGUGGCAAAGCAAUUAACUUUAUGUCCUGAAUACAAAACAUUAUGUUUGGGGCAAAUCCAACACAACACAUCACUGAGUACCGCACUUCAUAUUUUCAAGAAUUGUGGUGGCUGCAUCAUGUUAUGGGUAUGAUUGUCAUCGGCAAGGGCUAGGGACUUUUUUCUAGGAUGAAAAUAAACGGAAUAGAGCUAAGCACAGGCAAAAUCCUAGAGGAAAACCUGGGAGACAAAUUCACCUUUCACCAGGACAAUAACCUAAAACACAAGGCCAAAUAUUCACUAGAGUUGCUUACCAAGAUGACAUUGAAUGUUCCUGAGUGGCUUAGUUACAGUUUUGACUUAAAUCGGCUUGAAUAAUUAUGGCAAGAAUUGAAAAUAGCUGUGAUGAAUUGACCAGUUCCCAGAAACAUAAUUAAUGGAACUGUAUUAGUAAGGAAUGACCUGUAAUCCUCCAAGAACCUGUGGUCCUCUGUAGCUCAAUUGGUAGAGCAUGGUGCUUGUAACGCCAGGGUAGUGGGUUCGAUCCCCGGGACCACCCAUAUGUAAAAAUGUAUGCACACAUGACUGUAAGUCGCUUUGGAUAAAAGCAUCUGCUAAAUGGCAUAUUAUUAUAUUAUUAAAGAAAGCUAACGUAGUGUGUGUUGCAAUUUCUUUGCACCCACCACACUGUAUACAGUAACUCUACCAGAAUCCCUCCCUCCUUCCCUCCUACACAAGACAAUGUCUACAUCAACACACAGUAUGACGCAACCGUAGCAGUUUGCAUAUUUCCAUUGAAUUUAUCAUGACUCUGACUCAUGGGGAUAUUGAGCGGGGGUGAGGGGAGUUGGAUUGGACUGGUCUGUUUUGGAGGUUUUUGGUAAACCAUGGUCUACUUCUGCUUUUAUACAUUUUCCCAGUGAGCAGUCUGAGACAAUAAGGUCACAAAGUUCACCAUACUGUUUUUCAGUUUUGUCAGCUUCCCUGUGCCCUGUUUGGGCGUGACUUCAACUGUAGGGGCUGGCAUCCAGGCCCCAAUCUCAUACAGUUCAGUUGGACUUAAUCUAGACCUACCCCUAGUGUAACACUCAGUGUGCCAAUGCUCUGAGUGUGCCUGUGCCCUGUCUGUGACAUAUCUCUGUUCUGUUACCUCUCUAACCAUGCCUGUCCUCUGCAUUGCUCUAUAUUUUAGGACAUAGUGUCGGCUCUAGAGGACCGUCUGCGUCCUUUGGUCCAGGCUGAGCUGUCUGUCCUGGUGGACGUGCUGCAUCGCCCAGAGCUACUCUUUCCUGAGAACACAGACGCCCGCAGGAAGUGUGAGAGCGGUGGCUUCAUUUCCAAGUAAGACUCCAGUACCCACCCACCCCCUUGACACGUUGACUAACAAUGGAAGUGACUCUUGCCAUGUCCAGUGAUGAACCACAGUCUGCAAUCUUCUUAGAAAUGGAGCAAUUUCUUUCCACAGCAGUUGUAAACCAAAUGAGGUUUUAGCCACUAGAAAAUGAUCUAGCUGUGGUUUAACUAGGAAUGCUGCACAGACUCCUGAUACUGUCUCAGUGUUGAGGAAUGCAUUGCGUUAACUUGAUGCAGCUCUUUCAUACUAUACCUGCUGUACUGUAACUAGAGUUGGGACACUUAUCCCCUACAAGUGUACAGUAACAGAAUCCGUCAUUGAGCAGGGCGUGCUGCUCUAAACAUGCUACUGUAGUGACCCAGGGCUUUGUUUUCACAUGUCCUACCCUGAGCCUAAUGGAGCUCUGGCUCCCUCACACAGGGCUCCCUCCCUCCCUGUUUUACACAGGCCAGGCCACUCCUGUGUCUGUUGUGUUUGAUAAGGGCUGACAUUGGAUUACAGGGCAUGAGGGCGGGCGUCUGGGCUCUUUGAACAGGUGACGGGUCAGGGAUUAGCCUACUGUAAAGGACCGCAGGCAGGGGGGAUUCAUGUGUGGAGUAGCACGUGAGACACCACAAGUUCACACUGAUUCAGCACAAUGACUUACAGUUCAAAGGUAAUACAAUACAGUACAGUACUAACUGCAAUAUGUAGAAUACAAUGGGACCUUUAUGGAAAGCCUGUAUGCUGGGAAGAGAUUGGGUCUAAUGGUUUUCAUUGAAGCGUUCAGCACUUGAGUCAUACACAUGAUUGAUCAUUUGGACUGAAACGCUCCUAUCAAUGAAUACAAGUAAAACACAGCACCUGAUCUGAGCUGAUUGACAGCACCUCUAAGACUCAUGUGAGGUCAAUCUCUACCCAAAACAUUUAUACCCAAUAAUGAAUUAAGCCAAUCAAUUAGGAUAUGUCAAGCAGACAUAAUAUGAUCUCUUAACUACACAAGCUUAACAGUAAAUACUGUAGGGGAGGCUCUCUGAAAUCAGGGUUUGUUACCACUGAAGUGUUUUUUGGGGGGUGUACAGUUCUGUACAGUGCAGUAUGUGUGAUCCACCUCUCCUCCUGUCCCUGUCCUCUGCCCAGGCUGAUUAAACACACCAAGCAGCUACUGGAGGAGAAUGAGGAGCGGCUGUGUAUCAAGGUGCUUCAGACUCUGAGGGAGAUGAUGACCAAAGACCGUGGCUAUGGGGAGAAGGUAAUGUGGCCCUCUUCACCACCUUCUCACAAUACUCCCCUGGUUCUCUCUACACUUGGUUUUAUCAUGAGGGGAAACCGAGUGCUGCUGGGAGGCCUGGUAUUCUGUAGCUCUUUACAGAGGUCAGUGCAGAUGUCCGAGGUUAAGAGCAAAGAUGGAGCUGGAGGUUGUUUUCCUAUGCUGCCCUUUGCCUUCCCCUCAGAUGAUACUGGUAGUACAUUAUGUCUGUGA